GUCUCUGCCAGCACCGGGAAGCGUCGGAGGGGAAAUCCGAAGUGACAGUGGCAAAGGAGAGAGAAGCCCCCGCCGCGUAGGAACUCUGUGAGGGAGGCUGAGCGCGCUCUGGUCUGCAGCCUCGGCGCCGCUCAGCCUCUUUCCCCCAUUGCUCUCCGGCGCAGGAGGCGGCGGCGGCGAGGCCCCUCCCCUCCUCACACCUGUAGCGCGGGGCCGACCGCCUGUCCCGCCCGGCUCAGCCUCGCCAGCGCUGCUGCUGGUGUUGCUCGCUCCCUGCGGCUGCGCCUCCUCCCGGUCUUGGAGAAACAGCAGCAGCCGCCGCCGCUGCCGCUUCCUCCUCUGCAGCCACUCGGGCCGCGGCGGCCUUGACGUCGUUUCCUUCCAACAUGGCGAGCGCAGGAGGAGGUUGCUGCUGCUGCUGCCGCCGCCGCUGCUAUUGCUCCUACUGCCGCCGCCGCCGCUGCUGCUAAUGGAGGCGGAGGCCAGCCGGGUCUGAGGGCUGCGCGUUCUCCGGAGGGCCAGUUCUCCUUUCCCCCCACCCCGAGCGAGGUCCGCAGUCGCCGCUCUUGCCCGAGCCCAGCCCGGAGGUGGGAAGAAGCUGCGCUUGGGGCUCCUUCGCCAGGGGUGCCGCCCGGGCAGCUGCGGCUUGAGGCACCGAACCAGCUCCCUCUUCUCCCCUCUCUCCCUGCGCCCCCAUGUAUGAGGGGAAGAAGACAAAAAACAUGUUCCUGACCCGGGCCUUGGAGAAGAUCCUGGCCGACAAGGAGGUGAAGAAGGCGCACCAUUCCCAGCUGCGCAAAGCCUGCGAGGUGGCCCUAGGUAAAUCUGGGGAGCUGCGGGGAGGGAGGAGGAGCAGGGGAGGGAGCCCGAGGCACCUGCAGAGGCGAGGGGAAGGCAGGCCGGGGCCUUGCGCGGGAUUAGGGCAGCUGUCAUUGUGGGGACGAGGCUGGCCGGGGAAGGGGAGAGGAGUGGCUGGCUGGCUGGGUGCGCCGAGCGGGGCGACAAAAGGCGGCUGUUCGGAGCAGGUUUCGGGGAGAGGAGGUUCGGGCUGAUGCAUGAGGCGGGCCUCUGGGGUGAGGUUUGGACGUGGCGCUGGGAGAAGAUGAAAGGCCGUGUGUUUGUGCGCUACGUUAGUCUCGGGGAGGGAAGUUGUCCCCCGUGCGGUGUUUUUUUGGGGGGGAUGGGGGAGCUGAAGGCGCGUGCGUUAUUGGGAAGCUUUGGCUUUGUUGACAAGGAAAUGCAGGCGGUUGCCUUGACACACGGCUUUUCUCUUUCGCUGCCUCCUUGGCGCACCUACACACCCUGCAUGAAUAGGCAGAGAAGGUGUGUAGAGAGCUGACCUGGAAGAACAAGGCCGCCGGGGAGGGGAAGGAGGGAGCAGGUGACGGGCGGGAGGAGGAGGAGGAGGCGAGGACGGAAGCCGAAGAGAGGCGGACGGUGGAAAACAGGGACAGUGACACCCUGUCAACAUUUAAAAUUGAUGCCUGCUCUUUGAAUUGAGAGGCUGUUGUGUAGCGAGGGAGAAUGACAGCAGGGAGGGAUGCAGUGGUACAAGGAGUCUUUUAUAAUACAUCAGCCCAGGAAAAAUAACGCCGCUGGGUGGAGGAGUUUCUUUCAUGUAUCAUGUGGUUAUUUCAUUCUGAAUAAAAGGAAAUAUUGGAAUGACAAGGUGAGCUACAUGUCCAGGUUAUUAGACUGGGGCUUAAACCUUCCACUGAAGUUUUCAGAGACAAUUGAAUCGCUUUAUUAGGACAUUGUUGUUGUUUUUAUAUAUUUAAUUAUACUCCACCUUUUUCCCUGUUAGGACUCAAGGCAGCUUACAUAUAAAAAUGAGAGCUGCUAAAUACAUAGAAAACCAGAUACACAGUUAUUAUAUAAGAGAAGGCAAAAAUAAAUGCAUCUAUGGACUGAGUUGACCCAUGCAUCCAUUGGCUGAGUUUAAAAGCAGGGAAGUAAAAUACUUGUCAGAUCUAUAACAAUUGGCAAGUCAUUUUCCCUCAUCUUUGAAAUUGUGGAAAUAUAUAUUACAGUGUGGUGGGGUUUUUUACAUUAACUUUUGUUUGUAUAAUAUUCACUUCACAAAUGUGUGUAUUUAAAGAAAAUGGCAAUCAUCUUAGUUUACUGCUUGUCUUUUAUAACCUGAUCCAGAGUAAGAGAUCUGUACAUGUAAGCAUCCCUUCUCUGAGUCAGAAUCUAUUCCCAAACCAGAGCUGCAUCUACAUCUACAUAUUAAUUUGGAUGUCCAGCUCAACUACUUUGUUUCAUUGGGAUGUGCAAUCAUAUAUGCAGCACCACCCACAUUUUGUGUGUAACUAGAGCUGGAUUAGGGCAAUUAUUUUCACACUUGUGGGUUUGCCAUUAACCAAUUUUGUGAUUUUAAAGUUUCUGUGUUCUCUUUUCUAUACUGAAUUGUAUUACUGCCUCUGUACCUCACAGACCAGUAUAGUUGCAGUAGAUUCUUAAAAAUUAAACUUAGUUCUAAUGCAAGGCCUGAGGGGGAAGGUGAAUAAAGGGCCCUUUAAUUUACCUUACAAAUUUGCCUUUACCACUUACUUGUUUUGCAUUAAUAGUGAAAAAAUCAGGAGGCCAACAAUAGAGUAUUUAUUUGUAUGCAAGACACUCCAGUCAAGGCCAGAGCUCUAUUGUAUAGUAGUUAUAAUCAUUGUUUGACCAAUCUCUGCCUCUCAGGCCUCAAUUCUUGUAGAGCAUUUGUACAUAUACACAUUAUGCGGACUGACAUAUUGGGCAGCUCUCUGUUGUAAAGCUUUCCCCCCUCUAGCUUUGAUAUUAUUUAUAUGUCAAGUUUUAACUUUGAAUGCAAGCUACCUUGAGAGGCCCUGAAAGUCAGCAUACAAAUACUGGUAAUAAAUAAGUAAAUAGGUAGAUCUCAUGCAGGAUCUGUUGCUGUUUAAACAAAGACCUGUCAGAUCAGCAUGAGCAAGGCCUUAGGAAAAUUGGAAUAAUGGCUGGAAGUAUAAACAGCAAUGGAGUGAUUAACUCAAAUUCUAGGUUAGUGUGACUUGGUAAUUUACACAGAACAUAAACAUCACAAAUGGAGAAUAAUUUGUAAAUCUAUGCAAGAUGUUCUUUUUGUGAUCUGAUAUUUCAUAAAACAUCCAAGACAGACUUGAACUGAACUGAUUUAAAACUGGUUUCGUUUGUUACCUAUUCACUAUAGGCACUGCGAUGACAUAGAACUAAUACCAUAACUCCUGAUUCAUCUGAGCUUGACUUUGGCUUUGUCCAUUUUAUUAUUUACUAGCUCCUGUUUAUUGUUUGCUGUGAAUUUUAACUGUGUAGUAUGGUUUUUAUUUAUUCAGAAUGUUCAUUAUUUAUUAUGUAGUAGAUUUCAACUAGAGCCCACAGAUGUACACAUGCUCAAAAACCAAGCCAGUCCUGUUUGAAUUACUGGAACAUGCUUAAUGUGGGGCAGGCUUUGAAAGGUGCUCAUAAACUUCAACUGGUUCAAAGAGCUGCAGCCAGAUUGCUGACUGGGGCUGGUUAUAGGAAGCAUACAACUCCUUGUUAGAACAGCUUCACUGGCUACUGGUCUGUUUCCAGGCACAUUUCAAAGUGCUGCUUAUGACUGUAUGGCUUAGGUCUAAGGCUAAGCUAUCUGAAAGACUGUAUAUGAACCUUCCUGGGUUCUGAAAUCUUUGAAGGAUGUUCUUCCCUCACUGCUGCCACCUUCACAAGCAUAUUUCAUAGGGAUGCAGAAGAAGGCCUUCUCAGUGGCUGCUCCCAGACUUUGGAACUCCCUCUCUAGAGAGUGGCUCUAGCAGGCUUUUGGAAACUGACUGCUUUUAAUGAAUUUUAGUCCCUGUCAGGGAAUAAGAUGGGGUAUAAAUAAAUAUAAUACCCCAUAAUAAUAACAAUAACCAGCCAUGUGGUGGCCAACUGCUUUGGCAGGCAUAUUGCCUGAAAAGCUGUUUAUAGGCAAUAAUAAUGAAGUAGAAUGCCUUAUUCACAGGGUUAGAAUGACUGGUUAGGAAUAGCAUGAGCAACUGUUCUGAAAUAACUCAACUGAAAUUGAAUUGCAAAAGAACAUGGCUGUUCCAGGAUCAUAAUUCAUCAGUCACUUCACUACAACUUGUACAAUAACACAAUUAUUUGUGCACAACUAUAAUUCAUUUAGAGGUGCUUCUCCAGGAAGCAUUCCCAGCUAUAGUGCUCCGUAUAUCUUAUUUGUUUAUAGAACAAAAAGUCUUACUCAAAUGCUUACAUUUGAAAUAGGCCAUUUGUAUUGACCCCCCAAUGUAUUUUAACAAUAUGUAACAAUAUUGAUAUCCUAAAUAUACUAAGAAAUAAGUGUCAUUACUUGUGCCUGUGGGAACUGCAUAAGAGAAAAUAGGGCUAGGGUUGGUGUGCAAUUUUAACUAAUGCCAGAAUAUGACACUUACCAAGAAGUAGGUCUUACUGAACUCAGUGGAACUUAUGAGUAAAUAAUGCUUACUUUAUGGCUAUCUUAGAAUAUUCUCAAACAAAUACGUAUUACUUAUGGGAAGGACAAUAUCAACUGAUUAUGGGCCAAAUAUUUAUUACUAGCCAUUCAUCAAUAUUACUGCAUGUGUGCACAUGCAAACAGUAUCUGAGAGCAUCUCUGGAUAGUAAUAACAGUUAAAAUACACAUGUGCCUGGCCUAUAAAAAUGAUAAGAUAAUUCUUGGAUAUCUUUUUUGUAUAUUAUAGUUUAUUAACACAUAUUUGUCCAGUAUGUAUAUAAUGCUAAUUAAACAUAGUUCUGAAUAUUUAAAAACAUAGUGCUCAAUAUUUAAAACUAAAAAAUAGUGCAGAAGAGAAACUACAUGGGUAGAAAAAAAAUAGUCUUGAUUUUGAAUCUGUUUCUAUCAAGUAUCAAUUUCAGUUUAUUUUUAUAUGGAGAUUGAACCUUAUGAAAAGUUGUCAUUUUCUCCCUGUCUCAUGAUAGAGGCAUUUGUGUCUCCAACUAAGCAAACCUCUCCUUUUAUGAUAAUAUGCAAUGCAGUCCUAUGCAUUUCUAUUCAGAAAUAAGUCCCACUUUGCUUAACGGGCUUGUCCCCUUGUAAGUCUGUUUAGAAAUGUAGUAUUUGAGAAUAAGUUUCAUUGAACUCAUUUGGACUUAUUUUUGAAUAGACACAAAUAGAGUUAUAGUUUUAUUUUUUCUUAUGCUGGAGAAAUAGUUUUCAGACCUUGGAUUUGAUCUGCCUUAUUCUAAUUACAUUUGGCCUGUACUGUAUUUACUCCAUUUCCCCUCUCAAUGUUCCUUUUGUUUUUUUUGAAACUCAUUCAUUGAAUGCCAAAGAGCUGUACAAAUAGCACAACUUAAACAAACCAGUGUUGGGGCACUAGAGCUAUUGAUAUUGCUGUCUACCCAACAUCUUACACAAGUUUGCUGUAUUAAAUGAGCAAAGCAUGUUAAUAUAGAUAUUUCAUUCCCUGUUAUAUUAUACUUUAAAUAUUAGCCUUUAUUUAACCAUCUUGUUUCCUUCCAAGAGAGAAGCUCUCUAAUUUUGGUAAUUUCAUAGCCCAAUAUUAACUUUUUUUAUUUGGCUUAGAAUAAUAAAAUAAUUGGUUUUGUGUGUGGGCUUUACAAAGAGCUCAGUUCUCAUCUUGUUCAUUUUUUUUUUUUUUGCUCCAUUAUUGCAGCAUCCUUUGAAAUGCUUCCACAUGUUGUGAGUUUGGUGUUAAUGUGUGAUGGUUGCUAAUGUGGAUUAAAAUGAAACCUGGUGUGCCACUAAACACUUUCUGAAAGCCUAUAUUUAAUCAUGAUACUUGAAGCGCUUGUAGCAUACUUGGUUGCAUUUUAACUUGGGUUUGUCAUGAUGUCUGUUGUAUAAUGAGAAAAAUGGGUAGAGGGAAUUAAAGGAUGUAGAAGAUUAUAAGACCUGCUCUUGAUUCCUAAAUCCUGGUUGGUUCACUUGUAUAUCUUUCCCCAGUCCCAUUUCUCCCAAUGUGUAUCUUCCUCUCUACAGUCUUGGAUUGUAUUAAUAGUUCUCUCAUCUCAUUUCAAAUAUACCUUCCCAUGCUUUGCAUUUCUCUGUGUAAUGUAAGAGGGCUUGCUUUUUAGUAGUGUAUAUAAAGUGAAGGAGUUCUCAGACUGCUGAAGCAUAAAUAGUGUAGAUCUUGCUGUUGUAAAAUUCCUUUUAUUUCAAUGGAGCUUAUGAAGGCAAAGUAUUUUCAUUUGUUACGAUGAGUCAUCUUGACUUUCACACUUCCUUUUCUUAGUUAAUAUCACAGUUUUUAACAGCAUAUAUUUCCUGCUGCUACAACAGUCACCUUUGACUUUGCCCUAUUUUUGUUCUUAUCUUUUUACUUUCUCAAUCCCCCCUUUUUUUGUUCUGUUACCUUAUCCUACCUUACUUUACAGAAAACUGCAUGUGUAUCCACUAAGGUGGAGGAGUGAUCACUCAUAUUAAUACUUAUUUACAACUUCUGAAAUCAAACCUAAGAACUCCUGAAGAACCCUAAUAUAUUGGAGGUGUGGUGCUAAUACUACAAAGUGUGGUUAGGCUGUUUAUAUACUUGGUGGCCUAUGAAAAUAAUGUGAUUCAGUGAUUUUUGCCUAUGGAAUAGAAAUUGAGGAAGGAAUAAUAGUAGAUGUGAAAACAUUUUGAUGUUGCACUUGAUUUGCAGUACGUAUUGCUGGCAUCUGUCUAUCUCAAGAGACAAUAGAGUGGGCCUCCAAGGGUGAAGUCAAACUGCUGUGUUAGCAAAAUCGAAGUGACCUCCCAGAGGCACAAGCCUGGGCAGUAAGUAUGAGGGUCCUGGACUUCUCAGACGCCAAGACCCCGCUCUUGGCCUCAGUGAUGUGGUUCAGAGGAAAGCAGAGCAAUAUGUGUGGCCCCAACUUGCCUGCAGGAGUUGACAGGAGGUGUACAAGGCUGUUUUAGGGACUCCACUCCAUAUUUAUGUAGUGUUUACUCAUUAGCCUUUUCUUCUCCCAAAGAUAUUACGCAAGGCAGUGGAGAUUUAGGAUCAGAGUUUUCCUUCUCCUCGAUGGGCUACCUUCUCAGGUUGACAAGCCCCAUCUGCCCCUCACCUCCCUCUACAACCCGUGCAGAAGCUUUCUUCUUGACCAUUGGACCCAAUAUUGGUCUUACCUGCUCAAUCUGCUGGAGCCUCUCUUCACAUGCAGGGGAAGUCCCAACUCAUUGAGGGUUUGAGACUUAUUGGCUACCCUCACCAAGUUUAGCUGGUCAGUUGAAGCCGUUCCCAGAGUAUGGCCACUGCCACAUGCUGACAGCUUCUAGGAGCCACAGAUGAGCGCUGAGGGCAGGGUGGGGACCAAAGGUGGACAAACUGCUUUAGAAGGAGCAUGACAUGACUCCACGAGCAACCAAGAUGAUCAGUGGUCUGGAAACCAAGCCUUAUGAGUAAUGGUUGAGGGAGUUGGGUAUGUUUAGGCUGGAUAAGAGGAGACUGAGAAGAGAUAUGAUAGCCAUCUUCAAAUAUCUAAAGGGCUGUCACAUGAAAGAUGGGGCAAGCUUGUUUUCUCCUGCUCUGGAGGGUAGGACUCAAACCAAUGGUUUCAAGUUACAAGAAAGGAGAUUCCAACUAAACUUCAGGAAAAACUUUCUGAUGGUAAGAGAUGCUCGACAGUGGAACAGAUUCCCUUGGAAGGUGGUGGACUCUCCUUCCUUGGUGGUUUUUAAGCAGAGGUUGAAUGACAUUUGUCAUGGAUGCUUGAGAAUCCUGCAUUGGAGGAGGUUGGACUAGAUGGCCCUAAGGGUCCCUUCCCACGCUACAGUUCUCUGAUUUUAUAUUGAUCUGUUACUCCUGAUGGGCGAGGUCAAACUUUUACUGCUUAUAGCCAAAGACCUUGGCAGAAAUUCAAAGUUCUAAUACAAAUUGUAUUUGCAAAAACAGUUAGCGAAACUAUUUUGUACCGGUAUAUAAAACACAUUUUGCUUUCCCCUUAUUUAUUUACCUACUAAUUUGUAUAGCUGCCCCAGAGCAGAAGUACUCUAGGAAGCCAGUGUGGUGUAGUGGUUAGAGCGUUGUGCUAGGACUUGGGAUAUUAGGGUUCAAAUCCCCACUCAGUCAUGAAGCUCACUGGGGAACCUUGGGCCAGUCACAGCCUCUUAAACUACCUCACAGGGUCCUUGUAGGGAUUAACUGAGAAUGAGGGGAUGAACAUGCACUCCUGGAAGAAAAGGGUGGGAUAUAAAUGCAGUGAAUAAGCUUACCGGCUUAAGGAAGCUGGAGGGGGCAACCAGAUGGAGAUGUCUGUCGCCAGCCUGGCACCCAGAGAUCUCCACGUGGUCAGACAUACUGCCUCCUCCUUUCACUCCCUUACCCCCUUCCCCAUCCCUGGCAAUGAAGCAAAAGGAGGAUGAGCAGAGGUUGGCAACUGCAAUAGCAUUGUUGCUAAUAUUCAGCUUGAGAAGUGCAGCACAAUGCUAUGACAGCUGUAUACCAUCCUGCACUUUGGAACUUAAAAUGGAUGUGAGAAUGACAGGAGAAAGAGUACACUGAAAUUGAUGACUUCUACAAUGCAAACACAGCAAUACAUAGGCGCUGGGUGGAUAUCUGAAGCAGGAUAUAUAAAGAAGCCUCAGAGACACUUGUUUUGCAAGGCUGCCUUUUGCAGUCACACUAGUAAAAAAUUAUGGGCUAAUAAUUUCUAUCAACCUACUUCAAAGAUGCUCUUGCUGUAUUGUAAUUUGAAGCUGUGAGCUUUCAAGGAGUUUGAUCUGUUCUGGCAAAUAGGGCCAUGAGAUACUACCUAGGUGGUAAAGCUUGGGAAUACUUCUCCUUUGUUAAUCUGGUUUCCUGUACAUAGAGUUUCACACAGGUUUUGUUUUAUCAACAUCAUUAAAUCAAGUUGAGCAGUAGCAGACUUCCUCUUGAUUUCAAAAUGUCAGCUGAUUGAAAGUCUGUAGUGUUCCAGGGUCAAUUGCAUUCAUUAGUCUCUUUUGUCGUUGUUCCACUUUAAAGCCAGGCAUAUAUUUUGGGUGAACACCAAUUCUUGGAAUGAAGGGGAUAGUCUGGAGUCCACCAAUAUGGUGAACAUAAAAAUAAUAAUUUUGACUUUUGCUGCCUGCUUUAUAGUGGCAUUCCCCCCCCCCCAAUUGUCAUGCAAGCAUAGUGCCCAUCUAAAUAAAGCAAAUUUAGCACUUCAUUUCCUUAACAAUACCAAAAUGUACCUUACUCCCAUACAAAGUCCUGCUUAGAAUGCAUGGAGGUGGUUGUUUCAAUCACAAAAUAGGUUUCUACUCAGGAGGAGGGGAACUGUCAGCUGAAUUUGAAGACUCCUGCUUGGCAGCUUCAGCUUGUCACCUAUCCUGAUCUCUUAUGUACUGGAUAACAAAUCCCAAGUGGUCUCCCCUUUGGGGAAAAGUUACAACAUUUGUGGCUUAUUAGUUCAGUUAGAAAAAGGCAAGCAAAGGGGGACAUAAUGCAGUGCGUAGAGAAAGUUGGAUAGAGAGAAAACCAAGGCCAUCCAGUGACACUAGAGGAUUCAGGACAAACAAAAGGAAGAACUACAUCACACAGCCCAUAGUGCUUCUGAAUAUCAUUUGCUGGUGAGUGCAAGAGGGGAGAGUGAUGUAGUGCUUGGGUUCUGUUUGCAGGCUUCCCAUAGGUAUCUGGAUGGCCACUGGGAGAACAGGAGGCUGAACUAGAUGAACUUUUCUAUCUAGUUUUUUUCAUUAAUAAUAACAAAGCAAAAUAAUAAGUACCAACGGGCAGAAGAAGCUUUUCUUCGCAGCUGAGCACCAAUAUUUGAAAUUUGUGACACACAUUCAAAAAUCUCUUCAAAAUUUGUAAUUUACAUAAUGUACUCGGCGGUGUUCAAAAUUCCCAUUGUUCUAGGUGCAUUUUGCAACAGGGAAUUUCAUUAGCACCAGUAGUUUCUGAGCUCUGGGUGCAGUACUGCACCUAAGAUUUCAGACUAAAACUGCAAAGUGGAAGGAAAUGAGAACCUUUUCCUGCCUCCCCACUUCCAGCUACUCUCUGAAGACUGGAGUAGAGACCCUGUUAAGAAUAUUAGGGAGGUGGGCACGAGAAGGAUUAGACUCUCUGAAAAAUGGACAUAGUAUUUUAGCUGCAGUUCAUUCAUUUUCAACUUUGUAUUCUUGUUAUUAAAAAAGUGUGCCUAGACGUUUUGUUGUUGUGCCCAUAACCAAGGUUUAAGGUGCCAUUUAGCUCUUAGCUUUCAUAUCUCAGUUUCUAAUACUGGUACUCAGUGUGUUUUGGCUCAUAAUUUGAAUCCAUUGCAGAGAUAGAACGCUAUUUGCUGCAGUGCUCAGUGUUCAAAGAUGGAAUAGAAAUGAGUUUUUGUGAUAGCUGAUGUAAUGAAAGAUAAGUUUCCAUUAGGAAGAUGACUGAACUCGUAAAUGUUUAUGAAUAUAACAUUCAUGAUUUCACUUGGCCUCAGAGAAAACUAGUUACUAAAGCUGUGGUUCUUUGCACAAUUACCUAAGAGUAAGUCCCAUUGAAUUCAUUUACUUUAGUUAAAUUGUAUAGAAUUAUGUUGUAUAGAUUGAUUUUGAUAUUUGUAGAUUUUCAUUUAUUUUGAAAUUGGACAUUCAGCUAUAUUGACAGCUAUCUUCUCUGUGUUACUGUAACAGGUUCCUUUUACUUUCUAGUAUCUCACUAAUGUAGAAGGAAUUGCUCUUUUUCCGUAUGGUGGUUAUGAGAUACCUCAUCCCUUUCGCAAAAUGAGAGCUGAAGCUUUGAAACAAUGGUCACAAAAAGCCUCAUGCUGAAGUUCAGUUGAUUUUAAUAUGAGGCAGAGUUAUGUGUUUAUGUAAAUUUCUCUGUUUAAACAAAAAUCCUUAGUUCAAUCAAGCCUAGUAACGUUUUAAAAGUUUUUACCUAUGGGACUUGAAGCUUCAUAGUCUAGAUGAUUUAUUGAUUCUUGAGAUUUUGUUUUAUUUAAAAAUAUAUUGCCUUUCGAGCACAGCAAUCAAGGCAGUUAAAUAUUGUUUAUAACAAUGCAAAAUUACUUAAAAGAAUAUUGUCAUGUAGAAACAUGCUUCUAUGGCUUGCAGGUUUAUUAUGGCUGGCUGGUCUGCACAAUUCUGAGUACCAGUUCUGACUAAUCGAAUUUGGACUUUGGGACCCAGCAGUUGGUCUGGCUGCUUAACCUGAAACCACCUCAUUUUGCAUUGGCUCCUACACCACUUCCCACAAUCAGUCUUCAAGGCUCCCUUUACCUAUUGGUAAAUCUUCAUUUAGAAGUUGGGACUAAAAGCUACACAUUAGCCUUUUGCUCUUGUGUGAAGACUCUGAUUUCAGGACUUCAGUGCAAACUUCCAUGCUACUUUUUUCUGUACCAUUAUUGAUUAAAUCUCUAUUCAUGUUAGAGGAGAGGGGGGAUAUCAGCAUUAAAAGUUUAUAAAUACUUGAAUGGCAUUACUAAGAAAUGCAAACUGACAUAUAUAUGGGCAGGGAUACUGAUGGAUCCAUUGGAUGUCUACUAAGAACUUCCUUCUGAGUAAGCAUGUGUAGUGUUGGUAGAAGGCAUGGUUGAAUUACCUAUCCUUAAUAUUCUGACAAUAUUGAACUGAGAAUUCCUCUGCCACGUGUUGUUGUGGGGGAAAACUAUCUUUUUAAAAAGUGUAUUUUUUUGAUUUAUCAAACUUAAACAGAAUUACAUAAUAACGACAAGAAGUAAAAUUCCCCCCCCCCAUCCAUCCUUAUUGGAUUUGUCUCUAAGUAAGAAAUAGCUUCAUUCUAGCUCUAGGUUUUCACAAGCAUCAGUAAAGUAAUGUAUUGAAAGUGUCAUCCCAUACUUGUUGCAUGUGCUCUUGGUAGGUGAAAGCUGUGUUCAUACUGUGCAUAUUGAAUAAAACCAAGCCAAACUCUUACUUCCUGUACAAAGUUCACAUAGUAAGGUGGUUUGUCCAUGAAUAUCAAGCCCCAGGUCUGUGAGAUCCAGGCUUCAAAUCUCUCCAAAUCGUAUCUGCUUCCUCCUUAUCUGCUCAGAAAAAUGUCACAUAUCCAGUGCCCCACAAAUAGCAGGGCAGCUUAAAGAUGGUGAUAAUGAACAGAAAAAUCAAUGCCAAGAAGAGGAAGCACUAGGCACCUCCUUCCUACCUACCCUUCUGCUCCAUCAGCCUAUCCAGGCUGGUUUUAGUUGUGGGGUGGGUGGUGGAGCUGAAAUCUUAGGAAGAUGUAGUUAAAACCUUGAAUAAUAUCUUACCCUGGAAGGUUAUUUUGUGUAUUCUGAGUACCGGUAGCUGAGGAAGCACCUGAGUUUUGCACUAAUCUUUUUAGGCCUAUUGAUUCCUUGUACUGUUUAUUGGGCUCCAUUGGGAAUAAGCACAGUGCCAUGUUUUGUACUCUUACUAGUUCCCAUGAGAGCUUCCCACAAGGGACCUGCCUUUUGCCAUUAUUUUCUCCAAUGCCUGCUGCUGGCAUUUCAUUAACCUUUCCACAAGAGUUCUGACAUAUCUUUUCAGAAUUGCAUAUACACAGAGAGAAAAUCCUUUUCAACAAUUCCGUUUUAUUAUCACUGUGGGUUGCAUGGGGCGGGCGGGAUAGUCAUAGAGGCAUUGGAUCAAAGAUUUGCUGAUAGACAUUUAACCUGACUUCCUCAAUUUGGAAUUCUCACAAUGAAUUUGCUGGGAUCAAAGCAUUGUUGGGUGAAUUUCUUCUUUUGACACAUUUACAGGAAUGUUUCCGCAACUGAAUAAGGCAUUCAGUUAGUUGGUGGGCUGGGAGGGCUUGCUUCCAAGACCCAUCUUGCCAAAUGUUGGCAGUAGCAGCUGCUUUGAUCAAGAGAGUCCUGUAUGGGAUAUAUCUCCCAUGUCACAUCACAGAACUGCUAUGGUCCACAGAGCAGGUUGGAGUUGAAAGUUCCAAGCUAUUCUGUAAGUAAGGGGAGAAAGGUAGUUUCCUUUUUCCUUCUGAAUUAGCAAAGUGUUGGAUUUGGGAGGAGAUAGGUACACGAAGCAUGGCCCCAUGGUGCAUGGGUAGGCAAACUAAGGCCCAGGGGCCGGAUGCAGCCCAAUCGCCUUCUAAAUCCGGCCUGCGGACAGUCCGGGAAUCAGCAUGUUUUUACAUGAAUAGAAUGUGACUUUUUAUUUAAAAUGCAUCUCUGGGUUAUUUGUGGGGCAUAGGAAUUCAUUCAUUUUUUUCCUUCAAAAUAUAGUCCGGCCCCCCACAAGGUCUGAAGGACAUUGGACCAGCCCCCCGCUGAAAAAGUUUGCUGACCCCUGGUGUACAGUGUGUGUAUUUUCACAUACUAGCUUUCUUUUGGCUCUUUUUAUCCUUUACUUUUCCUCAUGCUUGUCCUUCAGAAAUGAAAUUUAGCAUGCAAAGCCUAGUCUCAUUGAGGUGCUAGUUUUCUGUAUUUAGGCUGCACUACAAUGUGCAGUGGUUCAGUUCAAACAGAUUUACUACCUCAGUGAGAACUGGACCUAAGGUUGACUUGUGCUGCUGCAUAGGUGUUGUAGUAGGAGCUGCCUGGAUGGGAAAAGAAAUGCAGAUAGAAUAAUAAGUUACUGUGACUAGAUAGAAGCGAAAACAGUCAGUUUUCUGGAAGUUUUCACGAAUCUACAGCAUACUCUUUGCUACCAUCAGUAAAGACUAGGGGGUACUUCAACAAAAUGUUUCAGGAUAUUCUUUCCUAACUGGAGUACUCUUGUUCAGGGUUCUAGCCAACCAGCCACAACAUCCUUUCAUUCAACCACCAUCUCAUUUUCAAGUCUGCUUUUCUAACUGAUACUCAACAAUCUGUGGCUACUGGAAGCCGCCAUAAGUCCAGGGCUCAGUUUGGGAAACAUAAUACUGUAGGGGUUCCUUUCUCUUCUUGGGGUCAGGAGGUAGAGAAAAGCUCUGUAUUAUGGGUGGCAGAAGAAAAAGUAAUUAGUGGAGUAGGGCAGGAGAAGGAUGACCACUCCUGGAAACCUUGCAAGGUUGCCUUUGAUACUAACGUUAGGGAUUGAAGAGAUGCUGUGUAUAGCAGAUAAAGGUUAGACAUGACAUUUCUCUUCUUUGACAGUUUUCUGAAUUGCAAAGUAAAUGCCACAGGCUUAGAUCCAAAGUGCUCCAUGUAUGAGGGGAAGAGUUUCCACUGAUUCCCUAACCCCACAGCCUACUAUGCCUUUUAGUCACCGUUCUCCUAACCCACAGAAAUGGUUUUUCAUGGAGUGCAAGGGGCUGAAAAAUCCUUACGUUCUGCAUGGUGCUUUGUGUCCAGGUCAGUGCUCUUAACUUUGGGGAAAUGUUUGCUUGGUCCCAAUUCUAAAAUAACAAUAAAGAAAUGCACUUUAGCCUAACUUUCUGGCCCUAUUCUUUGCACAACAAAUGACAUUGUUCUUUGUGGUUAGCUCAGUGUCUGUUUACAUCAGGUUAUUUCUCUAGUUGUCUUUCCUGCACAGCAGGUUUGACCAUUUUUAUCCUGUGGCCUUUGUUGUAAAACUUGUUCUUUAUCACACUGUAAUACUCCUUCUCACACUGUAAUAUUACUUCCUGGAGAAUAAUUAUGGAAAAAUUGUGUUUUGCUGCAUGGUUUCUCCCUUCCUAUAUAUAGAACACAUGUGCUAUGGAAAACACUUAUUUGGGAUAAUCCUCAUACUCUUACACUUAAGAUCCCAGUGUUGAGCUGCAUCCUUGAAACCUUGAGAACCCAUGAGAAUGCAGUAUUGAACUACAAAGAAUGUUCAUGACAAGUCAUGACAUGCCUGUUGUAUCUUUGGUGCUUACCUGCCUGCAGCAUAAGCAGUUGUUGUACUAUAGCCACUGAAUGCAAUCCAUAAAUUCAAGCUAUUUGAAAGCUAGACCACCUCUUUGAGAAUCCAUAAAACAUGAUGGGGAAAGAGUUUGUCUGGUUAAGUGAAUCAGGCUCAGAAAGCUCCUUGCAUAGGCUUGAAUAUAUGGCACACAGAGGGUAAAAUGCUCUGCGUGCUGUAAUUUUAUGUAAAUUAGCUUUUUGCCUGUUAAUUCAAUAUUCUGUGUGUUUUGCUGGAAGGCUGCUCAACUUUGGCCUUCUUGCUGCUUCUGUAGUCUCUUUUGGUUCCACAAAUGUUGUCGGGAGGUCUGAUAAUCAAUGUGUGAGGAUGACAUUGUAGAAUUGGAAGAGACCCUGAGGGUCAUCUAUUCCAGUCUCCUGCAGUGCAAGAGUAUCAAUGCCACUGAUAUGAAUUUCAUGAAUUUCCUGUUAGGACCGUAAAUAUCACUUCCAGUGCCAUAAAAUUCAGCCGCCAAUAUAUAAUUGGGCAGUACUCUGCAUGAAUUGGUUGAUGUUGCACAAAGGAAGAAAUGCUUUGUUAAAUAAUUCUGAAUGGGAGCUUAAAAGCUAUUAUUAGUUGCAAACAAGUCCAUCAAGCCUAAAUAAAAAUAAAUACACUAAUCGAACCACAUGUCUUUUUCUUGUAAUAAUAAUAAUUUAAUUUAAUUUAAUUUAAAUUCUGUCUGUCAGUGCAAAGUUUCCCAGGAUGGUACAUAACAAUAUAUUACAUAUACAAAUCUAUACAAAAACCCAUAUAACCAACAAUAUAAAACACAUGUAUUCCAAAAGUGAAGUAGAAAAGAAUCAAAAUUAGAAAAUGCAGUGGCAUUCCAGUUCUCAACCCGUUUCAUGUACCUGAGAAAACAAACACAUCUUGAGCUAACCAUCUAAAUGGAAAUUAUGUUGAGUGCAACUGAAGCUCUGUGGGAAAGGAAUUCCACAUGUGUGGUGCCGUAAGAAACAUGGCUCUUUGCCCCUGUCCCUCUAACUCUGGAUAUCAGCAGAAUUAUGAAGUGGUCUCUCCUGAAGAAUUUAAGGCACAGGCUGGCUGGAAAUUGUGGUUGUGGUCCUGAAGAUACUUGGUUUCUAGACCACGUAGGACUUUAUGGAUCAAGUCAACACCUUAAAUUGAGCUCAGUAGCAACAAGACAGCCAGUGUAGAUCCUUUAGGACAGGUGUAAUCUUAUUUAUUGUGGUGAGCAGGUGGCGCUGUGGUCCAAACUAUACUGAGCCUCUUGGGCUUGCUGAUCGGAAGGUUGGUGGUUUGAAUCCCCACAAUGGGGUGAGCUCCCAUUGCUCUGUCCCAGCUUCUGCCAACCUAGCAUUUUCAAAGCACGCCAGUGCAAAUAGAUAAAUAGGUACUGCUGUAGUGGAAAGGUAAAUGGCGUUUCCAUGCACUCUGGUUUCCAUCAUGGUGUUCCGUUGUGCCAGAAGUGGUUUAGUCAUGCUGGCCUCAUGACCCGGAAAGCUGUCUGUGGACAAACGCCAGCUUCCUUGGCCUGAAAAGCGAGAUGAGCCUCAUAGUCACCUUUGGACUUAACCGUCCAGGGGUCCUUUACCUUACCAUUACCUUUAAUCUGAUCUAUUAUAACAGAUAUUAUUGUUAAACACCAAGUUCCUAACGCAUGUGAGCUCAUAGGUUUCCGUCAAAACUCUGAAUCAUUCUGGGCAUUCUGUUUUAUAUCUAGAUAUAUUCUUAAACUACAGUAGGAAGAGUACUUUAAAAUAGAAAGUUAUCAUUAUAAAGCCACAGGAAGUGACAUGAGGCAUAAGAGGAUUUCCAGAAUCUUAAGUGAACCAAUGUCAUUUUUAAAAGGCUUCACGUGAAAAGGUGAAAAAUAUUUGAAACUCCCAUUGUUCUACAUGCAUUUUGCAACAGGGAAUUUCAUUACUGCAAGCAGUUUCUGAGCUCUGGGUGCAGUGCUGCACCUAAGAUUUCAGAUUAAAACUGCAGAGUGGAAGGAAAGCACACCUAGACAUUCUGUUGUUGUGCCCAUAACCUAGGUUUAAAGUGCCAUUUAGCUCCUAGCUUUCAUAUCUCAGUUUCUAAUACUGAAGGUGAAGUGCAUAAUGCUAUGUCAGAUUACUGGAGUUAGUCAAAGUGAGUUUAGCCUGCAUCUUUUUUAUUCUACUUCACAUUUAAUUUUCAACAGCAGAUUAUUUUUGCAAUUAAAUGCUUCUAUUUUCCUGAAAUUAAACAGGAAUAAGCAGUUUAGUUGUAUCUAGCUGCCAGCGAGUGGGUAUACUGAAGUAAUCUGUAUGAUCUGACACCCCCCCCCCCAAAAAAAUCUGGAAUAUAGAACAAACUAAAGCUAAAUGAAGAGUUGGAUUUAAUGACCUAAGCCGAGUGUCUUCAAACUAGUAUUGUAUGCAUUUCCCCCCUCUUUCUUCGCUGAAAUAUGGGUUUGCCUUUGUGCUUGACAUGCACUUUGGAGCACUUACCAGAUGCCAAGGCAGAGCAAACCUCUGCCCCCAUCCUGUGCUGUGUUGUUUGAAGGAUUGUUUUGUGCCUCCAUUUCUCAGCUCUGAGUUUAAAACUGGAGUGAGGAGCAAGAUACUUUCUUCUAACCUCAUGCUGUGUUUCAGAGAUGUACAUCAGGGCCAAGAUCCUACUCCUUGGAGGGAGAUACUGGCAACAAAAUUUGGGUUGACUAGCAAGCUCAGUCAGAGUUUGUUUAUUCGUGAUGAGGAACAUAAGAGCAUAAGAAAAGCCUUGCUGGAUACAGUGGUACUUCCAGUUACAAACUUAAUUUGUUCCGGAGGUCCGUUCUCAACAUGAAACUGUUCUUAACCUGAGGCAUGCUUUCACUAAUGGGGCCUCCCGCUGCCGCCGCGCCACCGGAGCGCGACUUCCGCUCGCAUCUCGGGGCAAAGUUUGCAACCAGGAGACCUACUUCUUGGUUAGCGGAGCUUGUAACCUGAAGCAUUUGUAAGGAGGAACAUAACCCGAGGUUCCACUGUGAAGCCAAAGGUCCAUUUAGUCCAGCAUCCUGGUCUUGCCAGUGGGCAACUAGAUGCCUAUUGGAAGCCCACAAGCAGGAUCUGAGUGCAACAGUGCUGUCUCCAUUUGUGAUGCCAGGCAACUAGUAUUCAGAGACAUAUUGCCUCAGAUAAAACACAGUCAUCAUGACUAGUAGGCAUUGAUGACCUUGUCAUCUUUGAAUUUGUCUAGUAUUAUGAGGUAAUAUUAUGUGUUCCUGUCAAAAUUUCAAGGUAUUUUCCAACCAUAGAGUUGGAACAUAUAGAGUUGGAUGGGACUACAAGGGUCGUCUAGCCCAACCCCCUGCAUUGCUGGAAUUAUCACAUGGUUGAUUAUCACAUGGUUAUGCUUUAUGGUUGAUGUGUCACUGCCAAGUUUAUGCCAUGAUGUGUCUGAGCACAGAGAAUCCAGAAGUCUGCAGUAGUUCUGCAAGGACUUCUUUGUUUUUUCAAACACACUGCCAUUCAUUCUCAUUGAUUCUCUUCAGUCUUCCUCACAUGCAGAUGAAUGCCACUGUUAAGACUGGGGCUGGGAUCUCUAGAAUUCUGAAUAAGUUUGGAUUAAAAUCAGGUAUUUUGGAGUGUACUCAUGCAGCCAUUUCCACAUUGAUGUGAAGACAGUGUUGGCUCCAUUUGAAGAGUUGAGCAAUCCCUUUCUAAAAGACACUGAAGAGCCACUAGUUCACAAAGAAUUUCACAAUGCAAAAAACAUGGUAAAGAUAAACACAUUUGACUGUGAUGUUGGACUGUUAUAGUUAAGGAAGUUUUGGCAAAUGAAAUAUUUUGACUAGCUGAAGAAAUGGUCAGUCUGAUCUCAAAGGAUUGUACUUUUGGUUCUUGAACAAUGGUGGGGGGAGCUGCAUUCUUACAAAAGGAAUGGAGUGCUACUUUGAAGUGUGACCUAAAUCCAUCUGAAGACUUGUUGCUAGUUGAUUACUAGUUGCAAAUGGGAGAUCUUGAAUACUACUUCAAACAGAAAAAGCAUAGCUGGUUGUUAUCUGGUAUGAAGUCUGGCCUAGCUUAUGUGCCUCUGUUUUUGCAUAAACAGAUAAACAUUUUUCCUGACAUUAGUUGAUUAAUUUACCUUGGUCAGUGUAUUCAAAAUUUCUUAAGUAUGCUGGAUUUAAUUUCCUGUCAAAUUAUUUGAUUCCAUGCAACACAAAGUCUAUGAGUGGUAUUCAACUACGUUUUAGUCAGAGUAAACCCAUUGAAAUGAAUAAACAUGAUGAAGUUCAGUCAGUUUAUAUCAGUGUGUCUAUUCUGAGUAAAGCAUAGCUGAAUAUUACCACCCCAUGUGAAUAAUAGAAUGUAAGAGAAGAGAGACACAAGUGAGAAAUACACUGUGGCACCCUUGCCCACAGCUGCCCACCAGCUGCCAGACCUUCUUGAGAACUGAUGAAAAUAACUGAUCUGUUCAACUUCCUUGCAGAAAUGAUGAUAAAACGUAGAUGUGGCAAUCUAUUGAUCAGCAUGUAUGAAGAGCUCAUAAUUUCUUUUCAAAAUGACUGUUGCUGGAUUGUUGCUCCAUGUAAAAGUGGGCUGUGGAUGAAUACUCCGUUCUCCUAUGAGUUGAGCUAUGGCUUGAAAUGGCACAGGCACACAAAAUACUGUUCUCUUUGGCUAGACAAGGGCAGAAUAUCAGGCUUCUAGUAUCUAUACCAAGGUGGCUAAUCCUGAGGCUAAAUGGCACCUGCCAAUUGCAGGGGCCACUGCUAUAGACUACUAUUCUCUUCCGUUCAUUCUCAGAGAAAUUUCUAAUGUUGGGGUGCUCAUAGUCCUAAGUAGCUCGCUAGGCUAGAGUCCCUGCAAUCUGUCCAGGAGUUCCAGUUAACAAGCUUUGAUAUGGCUGACUUUUUAAACUACGUUUGACUGUAGUUUUGAAAGGAUUUAUUCUGUGUCAAAUUCAUUUACAUCACUGUCAUCAUUUCCAUCAGGUGAACCAGGCCAUAAAGUAUGAUUGGUUUUUGUGAUGGAAGCUUAUUAAAGAUCUAAGAAAUUUGACAUUUAAUUGAAGAACAAAUCUGGGCCUUUGUCUUAUUGUGUUCUCCAUCUGCAGUCCCUUGGCAGUUAAUCGUAUAAUGCUCCUGAGCAUGAAAUUAACAGUAAAAAUGACAUAGCUGAUGUUCCAUCUUUGGAAAUGGGGGGAAUUCUGAAAGUAAAUUCUGAAACUUGGAAUAUUUUUAGAGUACAGGAUCUUUGUGCUUUGAGAAUUGCAUUUUAAAAUGGUUUAUAUAAACCAUACUACUGCUAGAAUUUUGGGCUGUCUGUGUAUAAAGUACAAAGAGGACUGAAUCUCUAGGGUUCUUUAAAAACAAAAGGGUUGAUUUGAUAGGAGGUUUAAUCCAGAGACUUCCCACAAGCAUAAUUCUGCUCAUGGAAUGUCCUGCAGGAGAAAGGGAGUGGUAAUAUUUGCUGAACCCUCCUACCCCUAUGCCCUCUGAAAGGUUUUUUAGAUGGUUAUUGGGCCUUCUGGAACAGAAGGCGUGGUGAAUUGGGGGUCUACAGAGGGAGGAAAAAAUCAGCUAAAAAUUCUUAGCCCCUUCCUUGAGUGGGAACCUCAGCUGGAUCAGAGCACUUUUCAUAAACAGAAGGAACCCUUCCAUUUGUGAAAGGGCAUGUCUGGAUCCAACCCACAGGAAGGAUUAUUUGCAAAUUUUGCAUUUGAGCAGAUAAAGCAGUGGUGUCCCAACUUUUUUCAAGGAGGGCCAGAUUUGAUGAAGUGAAGGGCUGUGAGGGCCAACCAAAGUUGCUGAGCUUUUUUUAGGAUUGAAGUUGUUGAGGUUUUUUCGGGUUUUACCCCAGGAAAUAAACUGCUACAGGGGCAGGAUUAAACCAACCAGCAGGCCAGAUUAGGCCCCCGCAAUGGACUUUGGACAUGCCUGAGAUAAAGCAUAACUUAUUUGGCAUAAAACAGGAGUGAGGAAGCUUUCUCAGAUAGAGGGUUUGCGUUCUCACCUGGGCAGCAUUCCAGGGACUGCUUGCCAUUGAUGGGCGGGGCCAGAAAUAAAAUGAGCAAAGGACCGAAAGUGAAUUUUACCAAUGUACAGCAGGCUAAUUUUUGCACACACUCACCACUAUCCAUCCUUCAUCCAGACAACCAUCAGGCGUUACCCAAGGUUCAAGGACACAUACCAGCCAGGCGAAAACACUCAAUGGUAUGAAAUAGGUCUGGUGAGAGGUGUGGCCUGGGGAAAAUCCCAAGGGCAAGAUAGAGAAGAGCUCUGAAGAGCUGCAGUUUGCCCCAGGCCUGAAGUAUAUAUAUUUAUAAAAGUAUAUAUUUAUAAAAAAUUAGAAGAAAAAUAGAAAUAUUUGGCAAUUUGAACAGCUAUUUUGGUGGCAUGGUUGGGGUUUUUUUCCCUAUUAUAAUUCGGAAGUCUACAUAAAAUUCAGUUAUAAUUCCAAUGAAAUUGGCAAUAAACCGAUGUUCAAGCCUGUUAUGAAUAAAUGUUCUAUUGUGAAUAUAUUUUCUAGCUAGCCUGUUGUGAAUAGAUUAAAAUUACUUCAAACUUCCCAGUAUAAUGUCUGCUUAUGGCAAUGGUGAGAUCUGUAUGGGGUGUGUUUAUAAACAUGUGUGUAUUUUUGUCCAGAAUCUUCAGUAAUGUUGUUUUGUAGUGCAGUAUAAAUUACUUAAUUUCAGACUGGAAAACACUUGUGCCUGGAGGGUUGGGAGAGAAGUCUUGCCUACUUAUUCACCUUCUGAACAAGAUUUCUUAAGGAUUUUUUUCUUUCAAAAGCACAUAAUACAAAUUGUUUUACAUCUUGUCCAUGAAUGUUUAUGGGUUUUCAGGGUUCAGUCUACAUUUGAUGCUUGCUUGUAAGCAGGAAGACAUUCUUUUUCAGUUUAUCUUGAGACAUAUUCAUGAUUUAAUUUUAAAUUGUGAUUAAAGUGGGCUGAAUCAUACUCUGGUAUAUGCAUGUGUGUAUAUAGUAAUGUAAUCCUAAUGUGUUCUUUGGCAGUUGAGCAGCACUGGAAAUGUAGAACGAUAUUUAUAAAUGUUUAUAAUAAAUUUUAGUUUAAUGUAAUUUAAUGUUAGUUUAUUUUUGUUAGUGUUGCUGUAAUGUUUGUAAAACAGGUUUUUAUUUCCUUUUUUUCUCCAGAGGAAAUAAAAGCAGAAACUGGAAAACAAAGGUACUUUUUUCUUUAUUAAUCAUGAUUAAUGAAAAUACAUUCAGCAUCAUUUGUACAGAGGUGAAGUCAGUUGUCAUUGUACCUUUUUUGGGGGGGCGGGAGCUUUAUGAACUACAACGGUACCUUGGUUUACGAACUUAAUCCGUUCCGGAAGUCCGUUCUUAAACCGAAACUGUUCUUAAACAGAGGUUCACUUUCCCAUAUGAGGCCUCCCGCCGCCGGUGCUCUUCCACCGUUCGGAUCCCGUUCUUAGACCGAGAUAAAGUUCUCAAACCAGGACACUAUUUCCGGUUUAGCGGAGUUUGUAAACCAAAUAGUUCUUAAACCGGACUGUUCUUAAACCAAGGUACCACUGUAUAUGUUUUGUCACUAAGUUACCAUGCCUAGAGCGUAUGAGGUUCACUGCAUACUUGCUGUAACUUGAAGAAAUUAAAAACUUUUACUUGUAGCGUACAAAUUAAUUUUUAGAGCACUUUCUUGCUAAUCACUCUGACUUCAGUUUACACUUGGAAAACGUGUAAAGUAUGUCAGCAUGUUGUUAAGAAUAAUUAAGAGUAUUAGCAUCCUUUGUGAGAAACAGGUUUUUCAUGCUUUGUUAGACAUUUCAUGGCUUCAGAAGAGUCUUGAGAUGUAAAACUUGGUCUCAUCACAUUUGUCCUUCUGACACAGGACCUCCCUAUAGGCACCUAGUAUGAAGGGAACAUUGUAGCUCUUUCAGAUUUUAAAAAGCAAGCAAGCCAGCCCUAAACAAAAUUGUUACUUUUCAGAUGGAGAUUGGACCAAAAAUUUAAUUUCAAGUCUAUAAAACAGUCUUCCCAAUCCCCUGCAAAUGAAACAUGGUAAAGGAGCACAUAUAAAGGGAAACGACAAAGAACUAAAAAGAUACUCAUGUCACAAGAUUCUAAAGCUGAAGGUACAAAAUGAAAUCCUUAACCAAAUGUCAACAAGCAUAGCAAUUAAGGAAACAAUUCUUAAAUCGCAAAGUAACAUUCAAUAUAAACACACAGGAUGUAUAAACUGAACCAAAAUGCCUCCUAGCAGUGGUCCAGAGGCAGUAUAUAAUGAUGAUCUUGAAGGAGGUGAGGAUAGGUAGCUACAAUCUAACAGGUAUAACAGUGAAAUAUGUAGUUAGAAAACUAAACAGGAUACGUUCCAACGCAUAUAGGUAUUCCUUACUGUAAAAUGAUAGCAGUGUUAAUAUAUAGCCUCUCUUUCCAAGCUUGUUAAAGAACAGUAUGUACAGGAACAGAGUGAAGACACAUGCUAUAGCAGUAUUUACAAUACUACAAAUGCCAUGGUAUUUGUAAAUACCAUGUCACAAGUCUGUUACCAUAGAAAGGAACUACACUCCUACUAAUAUUGAAAAAAGUGCUUCAAAUCCAUAAAUUGAAGUUGCUAAUGAGGGAGUGGGGUGUCACCUUAAUAUGGAAUUGAUAAAUUUCACCCAAAAAUUGUAGAAAAAGCAUGAAAGCUUACAUCCAACGUCAUGUGAACUUCUCCGUCCUUUCUUCCCUCCUGCCCCCCCCAUGUGCUCCAGAGGGUUGGGAAACCCCCACAGUGCAUUUAGAGAUUCAUAAUAAUAAUAAUAAAUAAUAAAUUUUUAUUUAUAUCCCGCCCUCCCCAGCCGAAGCUGGGCUCAGGGCGGCUAACAACAAUCAAAAUAAUCCAACAUUCUAAAAACAUUCAUUAUAAAAUUAAUUAAAAUCAAAUUGAUGGCAACCAUUAAGCAAAAUUCUGUGCAGAUUGCCAGAGGAGGGGGUCAGGCUGUGCCCUGACCAAAGGCCUGGUGGAACAGCUCUGUCUUGCAGGCCCUGCGGAAUGAUGUGAGGUCCCACAGGGCCCUAGUCUCUUGUGACAGAGCGUUCCACCAGAUUGGAGCCGCGGCCGAGAAAGCCCUGGCUCUAGUUGAGGCCAGCCUAACCUCUCUGUGGCCUGGGAUCUUCAGGAUGUUUUUAUUUGCAGACCGUAAAUUUCUCUGUGGGACAUACCAGGAUAGGCGGUCCCGUAGGUACGAGGGUCCUAGGCCGUAUAGGGCUUUAAAGGUUAAAACCAGCACCUUAAACCUGAUCCUGUACUCCACCAGGAGCCAGUGCAGCUGGUAUAGUACCGGAUGAAUAUGAUCUCGCAGCGAAGACCCCAUAAGGAGUCUCGCCGCGGCAUUCUGCACCUGCUGGAGUUUCUGGGUCAGUCUCAAGGGCAGCCCCACAUAGAGCGAGUUACAAUAAUCCAGUCUGGAGGUGACCGUCGCGUGGAUCACAGUGGCUAGGUCAGGGCGAGAGAGAUAAGGAGCCAACUGCUUAGCUUGGCGGAGAUGAAAAAUGCCGCCUUUGUUAUAGCUGUAAUCUGCGCCUCCAUAGAGAGGGAGGUAUCGAAGAUUACACCCAAACUCUUAACGGACGAUGCUGGCACUAAUUGCACCCUCGCAAGAGAUGGGAGUUGCCCCCUCAAUCCCAUAUUGCCCCGUCCCAGCCAGAGGACCUCUGUCUUCGAAGGAUUUAACUUCAACCGGCUCCCACGUAACCAUCCAGCCACAGCUUCCAGACAUCUGGUCAGUGUGUCUGGGGCCGAGUCAGGGUGGCCAUCCAUCAACAGAUAGAGUUGGGUGUCAUUGGCAUACUGAUGGCAACCCAGCCCAAAACUCCGGACAAGCUGGGCGAGGGGGCGCAUAAAGUUGUUAAAAAGCAUCGGGGAGAGAAUCGCACCCUGAGGCACUCCACACACCAAGGAGUGGUGCGAUGACAAUUCCCCCCCAAGCGCCACCCUCUGUCCCAGACCAGAGAGAAACGAGCGCAGCCAUUGAAGGACUGUGCCCUGGAUCCCCACGUUGACAAGGCAGUGGUCCAGGAGUUCGUGAUCGACCAUGUCGAAGGCUGCUGACAGGUCUAGAAGAAUCAGCAGCCCCGACCCGCCUCGAUCCAGCUGCCUGCGGAGAUCAUCUGUUAGGGCGACCAGAGCCGUCUCGGUCCCAUGACCAGCACGGAAGCCAGACUGGAAUGGAUCCAGAGCCGAUGUUUAUAGAGAAGAAGCAUGGAGUUUAUAGGAGAGAGGGGAAGUCUCAUUGCAUAAUUGGGUGGAUGGAUAUCCUAAGUUAGGUACUGAAAUAGUCUUGCAAUAUAUAUGUUUGUUCUUAGGAGGGAUGAAAAAGCCUUCACUCAAUAACAGAUAGUUGGAUUUUGUGUGCAACAUCCAACCUUACCUGUCAUGAAAUCAUUACUUAAAUACUGAAAAGCGGUUAGUCCUAAUUUACUGGAGGGCAAACAUCAUUGUCUUGGAUCAUGAUCAAAUGAAUUGGGGGGAAAACCAACUGGAUGCUGUUACAUGUUCCUGCACAAGUAAAAGAUGGUACACAUCUUUUUAAAUCCUAGCUCUUAAGAAGCAUCAAUUUAUAUGUAACCCUUUACUUUAUCCUUUAUCCAUGUUGAGGUGCCUGUUAUUCAUAUGGAGGACAAAACCUAUUCCACAUCUAAACCAACAUGCACAAGAUCUAUUUCACAUCCAAACCAGCAUGCACAACCAGCCAAUCUGUUAGCUGACUCCAACUAAUACAUAUUUUCUUUGAAAGCCUGCUAAAAUCCAUAACUUGUUGCUGUGCUCAUUGCAAAUUGUUACAUUUGUCUUGACUUCAUAGCAGACUGUUGCUAAUUUCUGUCUUUAUUUCAGUUCAGUUUUAAUUGGUAAGAUGAAUUUUUGACUGUUAAAAGAGAAAAACUGAACAUACAUCAAAUAAGUGGUGGUCAACUGUAGAUGUGUCUAUAUUCAUAUUAAAUUGUUUUGCUGUUAACUCAACUGCCAUUCUAAUUGGAUCUUUCUAUUCAGUCCUCCUCAUGGAGAAGCAAAGGCUGGUUCAAGCACUCUUCCACCUGUGAAAUCAAAAACAAGCUUUAUUGAGGCAGACAAGUACUUCUUACCAUUUGAAUUGGCAUGCCAGUCCAAGUGUCCAAGAAUUGUUAGUACGUCAUUGGAUUGUUUGCAGGUCUGUAUUGAAUUAUAUGCCAUUAACUUUUUUUCUUAAAUUUGUGGUUUCCUUUUAUAAAGGAAGGAAAUAUAGUUGUUUCCCUAAAUUAUAUUUUUAAUUGCUAACACAGUACAACUAGUGAGGUUUAAGUUGUUUGAUAAAAUUUCAGCAUAGAGAAAUUGUUGGUUUUAAAGGUAGAUUGCCUUGCUAAGAAUCUUUAUUAGGAGACAGUUGGACUGCUCACUAGCCUGAUUCAGAUGUCAUGGUUAAUCUGUUGUUUAGUCGUGGGGAAUGUGCUAUAGACGUCUCGUGUUUCCUCCUUCCUUUACACACCAGUGUGCUUCCCUACUUCUUUGUUUGGGCCAACAGUAGUUUUUCUACUAUGCUUUAAUAAAACUGAAAUAAUGAACUAGAGUUUCUGGUUGUCAUUUGGAGACAAACUAUAUGCAGUGGUAACCAUUACUUGCCCUAGUUCAAAUGCCACAGUAAAAGACGGUCACUGUAAACUGCACUGGUGAUGGAGUGCACCACUGUCUUGCUAGUUCCCACUUGGAUCUGUUUUCCCUCUCAUCUCAAGUGUAUCCCAGGAUUUUAAGAAAUCUAAUACUCUGCAAUGUUACUGUCAAUGAGAAUUACCCUCAUGGUACAAAAUAUAAUAAUGUGUUAAGCUGGCUUGUUCAGUAGUACUUUUGCUUUACUCCCCAGAAACUUAUAGCUUAUGGACAUUUAACUGGCAGUGCUCCAGAUAGUACAGCGCCUGGGAAAAAAUUGAUUGAUAGAAUUAUUGAAACAAUAUGUGGCUGCUUUCAAGGUCCUCAGACAGACGAGGGGGUUCAGCUACAAAUUAUAAAGGUAAUCUGAUGUCAACUGAUCAUUAGCUCUCAUUAGAGUUUGCUGUUGAAAUGAGUUCUACGCCCAAGACAGUGACCUGCAAUUCAAGCAUGUUGAACAAGAGCUGAAGCUGAAAACAUGUAAUAGUUUGUUUAAUCAGUUUGUACCUUAAUUGGACAAGAAUAUUCAUUCAAUGUUGCUUAUCAGUUUCACAAAAACAUUUUACGGUUAACAAAAAUAGAAUUGCUUUUUCAGGGCCCUGUCUAAUAGGUUUGGACCAGCAGAAAGGUGAUUGGAAUUGACAGCUACAACUAAGCAGUCAUUUGGCUGGAAUAUGAGAGAAUUAAUUCCAUGAAUCCUUUUCCCUCCCCUCUCAUCAUGUAGUUGCUGUAAUUAAAAUUUAUAGCACUUAUAUGUUUAGAGUGAGGAACAUCACACAUAGACUGUAAAGACCUUUAUAAAGUUGAUAGUGGGUAUUUUGGGAUUUACUGUGGAACUAAUCUGUGCUCAGGAGCCAGGUGUCAUCAGGAAGAAGGCUUUCAUUCCACAUAGUGGCCUCUUUGAAAUAGUGCUAAAAGUGGGUUAGUAAAUAAGAAUUAUUCUUGAACAAUUUAUGUCUGAAAUGCAUAUUGAGUAGUUAUGCAAUGUUGAGUUGGAGGUUCAGUGCCUUGAUUUACAAACUGAAUUUUCCUUCCUUGUUCUGGGCAUGGAUUUUUCCAGUUUGUCUGAAACAUGCUAUUUAACAUUUCAGGCACUCAGUUCUUCCAUUAACUAGGUACAUUGUCCUUAUUCAAUGGAAAGACAGAGAUAAAUGUUUAAUGAAUAAGAUCAUUAAAUGCACAAUCACACCAUUGCUUAAUUGCAGCAGUAAGGAGAAAAUGAUAUGUGCAUGCUUCCUUGUGUACAAAGGUCCUAUUUAAAUGGUUAUAGGAGCCAUUGGCAUAAGAUCCAUCUUCUUUAAAUGCACUUAGCAUGUGUGUCCUGGUCUUCAUAUAUAUGAUGAUGGCAUGGCAGCAGUCUGGCUUUGCUACUGUAUCUUAAAACUGCACACUCAAAAAGCAGGGUACACAUUAAGCAUAUUUAAAUGAGGUGAGAACCUCAGUAUUUUCAAUUGCUAACUUUAUUUUAAAUUUUUUAGGCUCUACUCACAGCAGUAACUUCUCAGCACAUAGAGAUUCACGAAGGGACAGUGCUGCAAGCUGUAAGAACAUGUUACAAUAUCUAUCUUGCAAGCAAAAAUCUCAUAAAUCAAACCACAGCCAAGGCUACUCUCACACAAAUGCUGAAUGUUAUAUUUGCACGUAUGGAAAACCAAGCAGUAAGUAUGUUUGCAUUUCAAAUUGAUAUUGAUUUCAAAUGCAUAUUUAAAUUCUAGUAUUCCUGUGCAACACUUGGAUUGAUUUGCCAGCUAUGUCCAUGUUGUUUAAUUUGAAAUAAUAGUCCAGUGAAAGACACACAAUUUAGCUUGUACGAAUUUCAUGUAUAGAAUACAACAGAGGACCAGAAAAAUUGAAAGAAGCCCUGAAUUGUACAUCUUUUAAUUUAUGGAUAUUAACGUUUCGUACUAUCUGGUGUGUAGAGGAGCAGGCAUGGUUGUUCUGAUAGAAGAGAUUUUCUUUCAUACUUUAUUUGUUUGUUUGUUUGUUUAUUUCAUAGCUUCAAGAAGCCAAGCAAAUGGAGAAAGAGAGACAUCGGCAGCAGCACCAUCUACAGCAGUCGCCCUUAAGCCAUCAUGAGCCUGAAUCACCUCAAUUGAGACAUAUUUCAGAGCAGACUAUUGAUCAGCUCUCCCAGGACCAUGAAGGGGACUUGGACCAUCAUGCAAAUGAUGUGGACAAAAGCCUUCAAGAAGACACAGAAGCAGAAAAUGGAUCUGAUAUUUCCAGUGCAGAAAAUGAACAGACUGAAGCUGACCAAGCAACAGCAGCAGAAAGUAAUAAUGGGCGUCUUUUUCUUGUCAUAGUGGGGUGAAAGUGGGUAUGAAGUCUUGAGAAAUAAUUACUACUUUUUCAUUUCGCUAGAGUAACAUGUAGAUUGCUAUCAGGUGGUGUUAUAAGGUUUAUUGAUUCUUUACAAAGCUAUGUUGUAGUCACAGUUGACAUUCUACUUGUUUUCUAGGUAAUUGCUAUCACCUCAGAUUAGAUAAAUGCAACGAAUAACUAUCAAUUCUGUUUAAGAGCUAUUUCUUUAUAAAGUAAUAAAACUGACUCGAAUGGAAUCCUGAUAUAUUUUGAGUAAUAUAUUUUCUGUUUUUAUUUUGUAGCUCUGUCUAAAAAUGAUACAGGGCCAUAUGAUGGAGAAAGCAAUCAAUAUGAAGAAACGGCACAGGAUAUUGUACAAAGUAUAGUCCAAGAAAUGGUGAACAUAGUAGUAGGAGGUACUAUACUUACCUUUAAAGUGUAUUGCUGAAUUGAGAAGGGACUUGCAGGAACUUAGUAGAAGGAAGUAGUGGUAAAAUUCCUUUGUGUGUAGGGCAAGAAGUUGGGCUUUAAGUAAAAUGAUAAUGUAGACUUGACCUUCACUUAAAAUAUUGUGCAUUACUGAGGUCUAGUUCAUAUGUAAACAGUAUCAGUCUUAUUAUGAUUUAUCAGAAUGAGAACAAGUGGUGUACCUGUGCAUGCUCUCCUGUUUCUCAUACUCUGGUUGGUUUCACAUGUAACACUACAGCAAACUAGCACAAAUGAUGAAUCGAUAAUAGAUUUCAGCUGUUUUGCUUCUCCUCGCUUGUUCUGCCUUUGGGCUGUGCUAAAUCAUGAGCUAAAUCAUGUACUGUCCAUUCCCAGUCUCAUGGAUUUGCUUUCUCCACACAACCCAUGAAAUGUAACCAAUAUUUGUCCUAUAAUUUAUAGCUUGUGGUUUGGUAGGGCUGCACUGUAAGCCUUGGUACAGACAACACUUUGAGCCAAACCAUGACUUAGCAUAGUGCAGCAGCAAAUUGACCAUGGAGGAAUAAAAUGACCCUGAUCUCCUCUCCAGGAGCCCACACAUUUGCUCAUUCAUGUUAAACUAUGGUUUGACUUAACUUUAUGUGUGAACCAGGACACUGUAGGAGAAUACUUUGCAAGGUUGUUUAAAUAACAGUUUCCUAUUACAUACAAACUGGAAAACUGUGGUUUAAUCUCUCUUUACAAAUCAGGAUAUGAAAUCUGGUUUAAUAAAACCAUGGUUUCUUACAUUGAGAUCAUUCUGUUUUAAUUGAGCCUGAGAGAUUUUGUCUUGUAUCUAAAUAUGUCUUCCAGUCAUUGUUGAUUCCUUAAACCUCUCUGUUAUAGGACUUUGGCUUAUUAAAGAAAUAUAAUCAGUGGAAAUUGAAGAGUCAAAUGACACUUUAAUUUAGUCAUAUCUCAGUUAUUUCUACAGCAUCACCUGUUUUUAGCUGCACUGGUGCUCAUAUUAGUAAGGCAAGCAGAAAAAUGUUUUGGGGCAGUUGUGUUUCUGUUAAAGGGAAAUUUCAAGUGAUACUUGAGCUAAUGAGUUGACCUAGUUUGAGUUAUCAGGAUUUGACAACUUAUUUCUAUAUUUUUUCACUCCUUCUGUAUGAGCUCUUCACAGCAGGUUUUCUUUCUCUCCUGAGAAACUUAAUGAGAUGUUUAUUAGUUAUGACACUUUAAUAAAAUGUUUGAUCAGAGCUGAGAAAAUGCUAUAAAUUUUGGGGUUCUGGCCCUGUUUAGUGCUGAAAAAUUAAUAGUUUAUUAUAGACUGCCAUAACAAAUAAUGUAUGUGUUAUGGUCAUAAUUCAAUAGACUAAUAUUAUAAAACCCACAUUAGCUCUAGGUAGCUCAUUAAACUAGUUUCCUGUAGUUACUGUCAGCAAAGCUGAACAUUUGUUUUAAUUUUUAGGUGCUAACAUUAAACUCUUGGUAGUUCUUUGUCUUGGUGAACAUGAUACUUUUUCAGCCAGGUGUUUUUUUAAUGUUGAAAAUGUAAUGUCUUUCUAACACUGAUUUUAUAUAGUAGUAUGGAACCAAGGCUAUCUGUUGUCAGGCUGAAAAUCUUCUGGUCUUGUAUUUGACAAUGUACAUUAAAGAUUUGACAUUUUAUUCUACCAAUAAUAUUAAUACACCUUCUUAUUAAUUCCUUUUAAAUAUCAUGUUUUUUAUUACAUGGUUCUUUUAUCCUGUAGAUGUGGGACAAAGAACUGCUGAAAAGGUUAUGAUUGAUGGACCAGUGGGGACUUCAGAAGAUGGAAGUGACAGUGAAAACAUCCAGGCAAAUGGAAUUCCAGGGACACCUAUUUCUGUUGUUUAUACACCAUCUUUACCUGAUGACAGGUUAUCAGUCUCUUCCAAUGACACUCAGGUAUAGGCAUGUAUGCUUAGUCUUAAACCCAGUACACCUUUUCAAUAUAAUUAUGUCAGAUUACAAUUUAAAUAGGGGGCCUUUUACAUUGAAAUGGUAAAUGCUAUGUAAAGAGAGCUUGCAAAAUUCUGUAGUACAGAUACUUUAUGACAAAGAUUAUUACUAUGUCCUAGGCCAAGAUUAUGUGUGAUAUUGCAGUAAAAUAAAAUGCAGGAAUAAUCUUUGACUCUUGGAUUUACAACAGCAUGAAUAUGAUAGCUUUCAUUUUUAUAGUAAUUUCAGUUCUAUCAAUUGGUAGCUAAUCAGUUUUUGUUUAAAUUCACUCUCAAAGUCACUUCUGAGCUCUUUGAGUUUCUAAGAGUACAUAACACAAAGGCUGAUUUCUGAUUUGCUGACUAUAAUUUUCCAGGAGCCAAAAUGGUAUAUAUCUGAUCACUAUCACUGAAGAAUGUGGUGUAAAUUGACUUUUUGAACCAAACCGCUUCAGAAAUGUUAGGCUUGUGAUUUUUUAUCAUGACAGCUGACUUUGAAAAGUACAGUGAUAACUGCUGCGUUAUUUGCUAGCAAAUAUUUUAUCAUAUCCUUCUAUCCCCAAGCUUGGUUUUUACUCCAUACACUCCUGCUUAAUGCUAAAAGGCUUAUUAAAAACGUGUUAAUUUCUUUAGGAAUCUGGAAAUUCUUCAGGACCUACCCCUGGUGCUAAAUUUUCCCACAUCUUGCAAAAGGAUGCCUUCCUAGUAUUCAGGUCACUGUGUAAACUCUCUAUGAAGCCUCUGUCUGAUGGUCCACCUGAUCCAAAGUAAGUUGAGAUUCUUCUGCUAUGAAAUACUUAGAUGAUGUAUAUGUAUCCGUAGCUGCACUUCCUCCUCCUGAUGCACUAUCAUGCGAUGCAGCAUCUAACGCAAUAUAUUUAACAGUAUCACUAUCAUUGAAUCAUAGAAAGCACAUCUAGAAUACAGUGCAACAGAAUCAAUGAAAAUAAAUUAAGCUUCUGGAUAAAUUAUAUUUGGAAACUUUGGGGUUUGGAAGUUCUGUUCCAUGCACAUGAAGUCCUCUCUGCAGUCAAUUGGGUUUUAUGAGGGACUUGAAUUGAGAGUAACUAAAAGUAUCUUCCUUUGGGCUACCAAUCUUGUCUUCAUGAUUAUGUUCCUUGUACCUCAGAAUAGAUACUACUGGAUAACCCUUGUUUGAGAAUAAUAGAAGAUGACAAUUAUUUAGAUGACAAGCAGUUUUUCAGAUGAUACAUUAAUCACUAGUGCUAACAUAUAAAACAGAAAUGGUGGUUUAAGAAAUAAUUGUUUUGGAUUAGACCCUAAGAGGUGGGUUGAAUCCUAGCAUGUCCUUCCUGUCAUGGAAUAGUCCCAUAGGAUCCAGUCCUUCUCCUUUCGAUCCAACACCCUGAAUUAUAUGUUUAUAUAAUUUAUAGGCAGCCCAAAUGGGCUGACUUCCAUGGGAAAUGUAUUGGCAAAUAUUUGGUAAAAACUUAAAGUAUAUAUGAAGUCCUUAAAUUGAUUUUGGCAAUUUAACGGAAGUUUAAAGUAUUUACGCUGCAGGAUAUCACAUGCAACAUAACACUUCCAUAGCAGCAUGUUAGUACUUAAGUGAGAAAAAAGGACACUGUACAAGUCUUUUUCAAAUUUUAUUUUAGACCAGCAAUGUAUAGAAAUAUUCCAGUAUAUAUCCAAUUUGAUUUUCAGCUUUUCACUGGCCUGUUAGGAAUGCUUGCAAGCAACUUUUUUUCAGUUUGUAUGUUAAAUUGCAAUGUUUUGUGCAGUACACCUUUAUUUUACCAGUCUCAGUUCCAGGUCAGCAGGAUGUGUUGAUGAUUGAAGGCAAGCAGCAACCUUUUGAGAGGUAGGGCUCCCAUCAUGCGGUUCUGCUCCUGCCUUCAUCAAGGUCAGCCAGUUACCAUUAGCUCCUGGUUUAUUCAUUCUUUGCCUUCUUUUACCUACCUUAAUACUUUAAUAGUAUAGAUAGCUUCCUUAUCCAUGUAAGUGCUCUGGGAGCUUUAUUGGCUGAGGAAUGGGGCUGAGAAAUGCCCAGUGUGGAUCCACCCAUUUCUAUCCUAGUUUAUGGGGACUUACAGGAUGGGAAAUCCAUUGCCAGGAUGUUUCAAUCCAAGGUCAGUGGUCACCAGCAGAAGUGACAAUGAACAUCAACUGGCUGGAACUCAGGGCUGCUCAUCUUACCCUCCAGCACUUCCCAAGCCAUCUUCCCCUUCCUUAUCUGAACAGACAGCACAGCAGCCAAACGGAAUAUCAACAAGCAAGGCUCAACUCAACUCUGGGAUCUCCUGAAGGAAACUGCUAAUGAAUUGGGCAGAAGUCAACAUUCAGUUUCUCACUUCAGAGCACAUCUCAGGCCUCCUACACAUCCAAGUGGAUUGGCUCAGCAGGAAGCUCAGAAGUUGGAUCAGGUGGAGUGGCAGCUGAAUUUACAAAUAUUCCAGCUCAUCCACUAUUGUUUCAGCCAGUGCCAAGUCUACCUCUUCACCUCAGAAAUAAUCAGCUCCCUUGCUACUUCACCAGGUUUCACACUCUGAAAGCAGAAGCCUGGGGUGCUCAUCUUGCCCUGGCCUCAGGGACUACUCUAUGCAUUUUCCCCAGCACCUGUUUUGACACAAGUCCCAUGCAAGACCAAGGAAGAAAAGAUCAGAGUAAUUCUUGUUGCACCAUUUUGGCCACCCUGACCCUGGUUUCACAAAAUCCUGAGUCUCUACAUCUGCCCCCCCCCCCCCUACACAGUCUACUACACAGACUGUGGAAUUUGAAUGGGAACGUUUUACAAAAAGAAAGUUCUUGUCAGCAAUGAUAGACAUUUUUCUUUAUUCCAGAAUACCUGCUGUAAUAAGCAUCUAGCAAGCCACCUAGAAGGCUUUCCUCCUGUCAUACUCCACCAAGCUUGACAUUUCCACCAUUCUGGAAUUUCUCCAAGAAGGCCUACAAAAAGGUCUGAAAGUUAAUAGUCUGAAACAUCAGGCAGCAGCGAUCGCCUCAAUUCUUUCAAAGUCACACUCUCCUCCCCUCUCCUCUUACUCCUUACUCCUCAGAGGUGCUGCACUAAUUUGUCCCCCCACUAUUGACAGAUUCCCUUUAUGGAAUCUACACAGGGUCCGUUUUGCCCUGCAAUGGCCCCCUUUGAACUUCUCAGAUGAGUUUCUCUCCAAAUCCUGUCUCUCAAAGUGGUUUUCCUCAUUGCUAUUGCCUCUGCCCACAGAGUCUCCAAAUUAAACAUGCUCUCUAUCACUAAACAUCUCUGUAUUUUCCACGAGAACAGAGUAGUUCUCAGGACUGAUCCCUCCUUUCUGCCGAAAGUCUCUUCUUGUUUCCACCUUCAACAGGAGAUCGUUUUACCAACCUUUUGCCCAUCCCUGGUAUACGCCAAUGAAAGGGCCUGGCACUCACUAAAUGUUUGUAGAGCCCUAAGGUCAAUAUAGCCAGAACUGAAGCUGCACAGACAAUCCAAGAGCAUAUUUGUCUCCAUCCAUCCCCCUCUCCCUGGGGAAUAAGGUGUCAACAACCACUCUUUACAGAUGCAUCAAGGCAUGUAUAGUGCUAGCAUACAAAGCCCAAAAGAUCUAUGUUCCUCAGCAUAUCACAGCCCACUCCACUAGGUCUGCAGCCACUUUGGCCACCUUUCCCUCUCACACUCCUUCAGGAGAUUUGCCGCACAGCCACCUGGGCCAUGCCUUAGCAUUUUACCAGACAAUACUGCUUGAACACAUACACCUCACCUGAGGCAGUGUUCGGUCAGAGGCUCCUGCAGCAGGUGCUCCUCCCUAGCUCCUGCAGUUGUAGCUAUUGCACAUCCCAUCCUGCUAACCUGUAACUGGAAAUGGAGAAAAGUACAGUUUCACUCACCUGAAAUGUAGUUUUCCAUUCCCGGUGAUAGGUCAGCAGGCCCCACCUUUGGUAGUGAGCUGCAAGAGUCUUUUUUCCUUUCUGUCAUUUCCUUAUACCGUUCAAGUUGGUUGUAGUUUUUGUUAGGAGGAGGUAGGUUUUCCUCCCGUUCUUUAUGACUCCUGCUUUCUUGAGCUUGGUGAGUCCUUGAACUGCAUGAUGGGAGCCCUGCCUCCUGAACGGUUGCUUCCUGCCUUUGAUCAGGGGGAGGAGCCACCAACCAAUCCUGCUGACCUGGAACUGGGAAUGGGAAACUACAUUUCAGGUGAGUGCAACUGUAGUAUUGGGUUCCCCCUGCCCCGCAAAAAAAGUACUGGACACAACUGAUAGUAAAUCUCCCAUGCCGUCAAAGGGGACAAAAUUUAUCCUUAUCUUGUGCCUAUGAUUUAGAAAUAAAAAGAGCUCUCCCCUUCUCCCCCUCUCAGUGCACAAAGAGGGGGGGAAAUAUUUAGGAGAGCCGACAUGAGUUUUUUGAGAAUUGACAGGCUAGCAUUUAGGACAUUGUAACUGCUCCAUAAAGGUCAAGGUGCUGUUCAUAGCAAUGAAAGUGAUUAAACUACUGUUCCUGAUUGGUGUAUUGUGCCUGGGGUGUAUGAAAUACACAGUGUGCUCUACUGUAAACACUCACUUUCAGUAAAUCAUUGUGCAAUGGUAGUUGUCUAAUACAUUAAGUGGUUGGUUUAUAUUUUAUAUAAUUGCCUAGGAUUUUCUAACAAUAGCUUAGAGAUGUUCUUAGUCGUUUUUAUAAAGAGAAAUAUCUCCCACGAAUUGUUCAAAUAACUGCAAUUAUUCCUUCUAGGUCUCAUGAAUUGCGGUCAAAGAUCCUUUCAUUGCAGUUGCUGCUGUCUAUUCUGCAAAAUGCAGGACCUGUUUUCAGGACAAAUGAAAUGUUUAUCAAUGCUAUUAAGCAGUAUCUUUGUGUUGCACUGUCUAAAAACGGAGUCUCGUCUGUUCCAGAAGUGUUUGAACUUUCGCUUUCUAUAUUCCUCACUCUACUUUCAAAUUUUAAGACUCACCUGAAAAUGCAAAUUGAGGUAAGUUAACAUCCAGCAAUUUAAGCACCUUACUUGAAGUAAUUCAGUAUCCCUCUAGGCAUCGCAUACUGUUCAGUUAAAAUACAUAAGGUUCAUAAAAUAACAAUUUUGUUUUAGCCUCAGACUAACUUGACUUCAUUAGGUUUAAUGAUCACCUUGUUUUAAAUAAACUCAUAUAAAUCGACCCAAAACUGCUACUUAUCAAGAGCACAAUUUACUGCAGCAUUCAAAGAAAAGAAUUGUAGAUGUCAUCCCUAAGCAUUUUUUAUUGCUGGCCUGAGUUUACUAACUAAUUAACUGUUGGUUGAGCAUUUCAUUUGCUACUGUAUUAUUGUCACCUGCCACUGCUCUUCUUCGUUUUACACAUUAUCUGUACCAAAAUGUUGCUGUUUUAGUUUGUAUUUCAGUUGUUUUUUCAUGUUGUGUAAUGUUUUUCUUAUAAACCUUCAGUAAACAUCUAGUUGGGGGAGUGGGGUGAGGGGAGAGAAUAGAAUUGUACCCUCAUGCAGAUGUUCAGAUAGCAAAGUAGGGAAUCGGGAUCAUCCAUCCCCCACUGCAUCUCCACCUGUCAUUAAUGUGUUGGACUUCAAGUUUGUGUGGCUUCACUUAUAGACCCUUGAUGUAGGUAAUCCCUUAUCAGCAUGAUCUUUGCAGCCCAGAUACUGGAGGCAGGGCCUAUAUACUCUGUGUGUGUGUGUGUGUGUGUGUGUGUGUGUGUGUAGGCCUCUAUGCAAAUUUGAAAUUGAACACAUGUGAGCAUGGGGAUUGAUUUAUACUCCAUUUUUCUUUUAAAAUCGUAGCUAAAGCUGCUUACAAUAAAAGAGAAGAUAACGUAAUAAAACAAAGCAAUAAAAUAAUACAUCUAUUAAAAUACUGAACAGCUUUAAUUGAAACUGAUGCUUCAGUCAAACCAGCAUAAAAGCAUUGUCUUAGCUCUUACCUCUAAUUAGCACCAAAAGUACCUGAGAAAUAUAGGGUAAAACUCAAUACAUCAUUUGACUCGAAAAGGUCAUUGUAAAGCACCGAAUUAUUUUUUCAUCAUACAAAUACCUCUUGCCAAUUUAUGAAGCUCAUACCUAAAAUGAAUGAGUUUCUUCAUGGUUCCAGAAAUACUCAUAGAAAACAUACUAAAUUAAAAUAUAUAACUGUGUAAAUGUAUAUAUAAGUGAUUUGCAUAUUGAAAUGACAGGCACUGUACAGUUUAUUACAUUCUGCCUCCACCUUUGGAAAAAGGCAGGAAGUUAUCAUUUUCCAGUGGUGAAGAUGAGAGUUGGUGAUGAGGAUUUAGUCUUGUGUGUGUUCUGCCUUCUGCUGUUCAUCUCCUAUUUGCUAUGUGGCAGCGGGGAUGGAUACUUGUUACAAUUGUUUAUGAUAAAGUUGCAGGCUGUUUUAAUACUAGCUUUGCAUGUUGGUGUUCCCAUUUCCUGUAGGCACUGUGUGCAUAUAUAAAAUAUAGGAAAUUUCCAUUUAGAUGUGUCUCUUUGGUGGAAAGUGGGUACCUCUCUUGAGAAACUUUUCUCAAAACUUCUACUCAGCCAUGCUGAUGAGAUUUAUGAAAAACAAUAACCUGACAUGUCAUAUUCUAACCCAUAUAGAGGCAAAAUACUUAGCUUCUUAGACAAAAGAAUCUAAAGAAUUGUGAAGUUAGUUCUGUGAUUUCCAAAAAGGGCUCUAAGAGUUGUGGGUUGUUUGACAUGACGUUGGGUUGAACUGGUCCCCCCAAAAGUUCAAAAACAACAAUAUGGGCUAGUCAUAAGUAGCUCUUUGGCUUCCAGCCAUGGGAAAGUGGUGAACACAUUUUUUUAUGUAGCUGUAUCAACAGGCUUCACACAACUGACUAAUGUCUUGGAGGCAGAAGAUUCUUAAGUAUGUAGCUAUUGCCGCUUAUGCCCUAGGUCGGAUAUUAACUAGCCUGAAAGCUGUUGUCAGCUGACAAAAGCAUUGUAUUCAAGGAUGUUCCUUUUCCAAAUGGAAAAAGGCACUUUAAGAACCAGUUGGGACGUUCUCUUUCAUGGUUUAUGAAUCCAAGAAUGAGCAUUGAAUCCAUGCACCAUUUCCACCCUACCUACCUCUGCACUCUGCCUUCAGUGCACAGAUCCUGGAUUUCUUAAACCAGGGCUGUCUGUUUUUUGUUUCUGUUUUGCUUUUUUCAACUUUGCCUAGCAGGACAUCCGAAUGCAAUUUAACGGAGCUGAUAGAUUAGUAAUUGGAGUGAAUGCAAUUACUGUUAAAAUCAGACUUUGUGACCUACAAGAACUCUCUAUGAAUCAUUUCCCUUGAAUUAAAAUGUUCCUGUACAACACAUGGCUACCUAUUGUCCUGAUGAAGGGAAUAACAUAUUUUUAUUAGCAUCGGUGCUAAAUCUAUAUAGCAAGAUUAAGAUAUGAAUUCUAUAUAUGUUAAGCUUUGCAUGGGCCAGAUGUUGGAUUAUAACAGUUAAUGAAUGAAGUACAGGGAAAUAAAUGUAACUUCUUUCUGUCCAUACCAUUUUUCCUAGGUUUUCUUCAAAGAGAUUUUUUUGUAUAUCUUAGAAACCUCUACUAGCUCCUUUGAUCAUAAAUGGAUGGUUAUACAAACACUGACAAGGAUAUGCGCAGGUAUUACUCCAUUGGGCAUACCUAUUUGCUUUUCAAAGGUUUAGGGUCACAUGUCUUGCUGGUUUUGAGGGGUUUUGUUGCUAUGCCUAUAUGUUUACCUAGCAAAGCUUUUCAAUGUAUAAUUAUGUUCCUGUUACAGAUGCCCAGAGUGUAGUGGACAUCUAUGUAAACUAUGAUUGUGAUUUGAAUGCUGCAAACAUAUUUGAAAGAUUAGUUAACGACCUGUCCAAGAUUGCUCAAGGAAGAGGCAGCCAAGAACUUGGAAUGACCAACAUUCAGGUAAAAACUAUGGCAUAUCUCUGUUUGUUUCUAGUAGUAAAAAAACAAUUAAAUUAACAUUGAAUAUUACCUAAAUCUUUUUGCAAAUAUAUACAAAUUAUUGCAGGAGCUAAGCCUGAGAAAGAAGGGACUUGAAUGCUUAGUCUCCAUAUUGAAGUGCAUGGUGGAAUGGAGUAAGGAUCAGUAUGUAAAUCCCAACUCUCAAACAACCCUAGGUAAGCUGUUUUGACAUUCUUAUUCCUUAGUGACAUGUUGACCUGAAAUGCACUGGAGUUGAUUUUCCUGUUUGCUAAGUAUGACAACUUGCCCUGCUCAGAUAUGUAAAUUACUGCAGCUACAGGUAUGAUUGGGCUUUGCAUGCAUGUGUGAAGUCUGCAAAUAAUAGAGCGUUGGAUCCAGAGAGACACCUAUAGAGGAAAUACUGGUGUUGGCACUUUUCUACAAACUGUUACACAAGAGACUUCAAACAACCGCGUUCUUACCCAAGCACAUAUUUUGAGACCUUAGGCAAGAGAUCAUGCAAUACCAUGUGAUGACAGAAGCACACAAUUAUCUCUCCUCACAUUUUGUUAAGUUGGGAAAAGUUCGUCCAUCUGCAGUAGUUUUCCCACAGCCACUUGCCAGACGGUUUCCUACAUCCUUUACAGUUAUGUAAGCUGCUUUUAUGUCAUCAUAUAAUGUGCUGCAAGGAUUCACAAUGUCUAGAAUUGUAGCAUGCUUUGAUCUUGUAAAGGUUUGUAUCAUUCGUUAUAAUAAAUACAUCUGUCAGGAUACAGUGGUACCUUGGUUCUCAAACUUAAUCCGUUCUGGAAGUCCAUUCCAAAACCAAAGCUUUCCAGAACCAAGGUGUGCUUUCCCAUAGAAAGUAAUGCAAAACGGAUUAAUCCAGACUUUUAAAAACCCCUAAAACUGCAAUUUAACAUGAUUUUUCUAUCUAAUGAGACCAUUGAUCCAUAAAAUGAAAGCAAUAAUCAAUGUACUGUACAUAAAAUAAAUAAGACAAUAUUGUAGAUGAUAAAAAUUAAUUUUUUUUUCCUUACCUGCACUGAUGUUAGUCAUUGUUUGGAUGGGGGGCUUUUAUCCAUUUCUGCAGUCACACAAUCAAUCAGUCAGUAGCUGAACUGGGUUCCACACAGUCACAAAAACAAAUUAACCAAAAAAGCCUCAAAAACACAAAAUAAAUAGCAAAAACAAAAGCACCAAACUUUAUCGGUUCUGAAGUCCGUUUGACUUCUGAAAUGUUCGAAAACCAAGGUGCAGCUUCUGAUUGGUGCAGGCGCCUCGGAAACAAUAGCCAACAACUGCACCAGACGUUUGGCUUCUAAAAAAUGUUCAAAAACCGGAACACUUACUUCCAGGUUUUUGGCGUUAAGAACCAAGGCGUUUGAGAACCAAGGUACCACUGUAUUAUUUUAAAUCUUUCAACUUUUUGUUAUUAUUAAUUUUCUUCCAACUUUCAGAUCUGAUAUUCUUGUUUAGGUUUAUUUUCCCCCAAAAAUAAAAAUGUUAAUCUUAUGACUCUCUGUCACAUAGAACUAAUGAUGUAUAUCUUACUAAAUAUUAUUAAUAACUAGACUUUGAAUGUGAUGAUGGACAGUUAACAAAUUGGCAACUUCUAAAAAUGGUACAAACAUCAACUAAAUUGUAAAGAUCAUUUUCCUUUGCUAUUCUUGUGCAGGACAAGAAAAACCCACAGAACAAGACAGCACUGAAACAAAACACCCUGAGACAAUUAACCGAUAUGGCAGCUUAAAUUCCUUAGACUCCACAGCUUCAUCAGGAAUUGGUAGCUAUAGCACGCAGAUGUCUGGUACUGACAAUCCAGAGCAGUUUGAGGUUCUAAAGCAACAGAAGGAAAUAAUAGAACAAGGAAUAGAUUUGUAAGUUUAUUUGUUUAACCCAUAAUGUAAAUUGUCAGAAUGCAGGGGAGUCUCCUGAUACCAUUUUCUUUCAUCUACUACCUUUUACUUCCUUUGUAGAAAGAAUAUUGUAGCAUCUAUUUUUCAAAGUGCUAACUUCACUGGAACUGUACUUACAAACUUCGAGGACUACAGACGUACAGGCCAAUUAUAAACAUUAAUCAGAUUUAAGUCUUAACUGCAUUCAGUAAGACUUAUUUUCUAGGAUGUGCACUUGGGAUUUGAGCUUCAGUUUGACUCUGGUUUUCUUUUGGCCUUUUACCUCACUGUUACUAAGGUGUUACCCAAUUACAUCUAUGCUGAAAGCUUUGGUAGUUUUUUUCAUUCCUUUCUUUCCUGAGUUACUGCUGGAAAUGGAGUAGGAUGUGAAUGCAAUUGUUUAAAAAACAAAACUCAAAAACCAGAAAUGUGGACAAAGAUCAGAUGGAAACAACAGUGAUAAUAGAUAUAAAGUCAAGGAGAAGUAGACUAGUAAUAUUGCAUAGGCAUUUAGAAGGAAUUUAGAAUUUACUGUGAUCUUAUUCUUAUGUGUAUUAAGAAGUAGUUAUGAGGAACUGCGAGGUGGAAAUAUGACAGCCUGAUGUUAAAAUAUAUUAUAAUCUUUAUAUCCUUUCCCUUCUCUUGUCAGCUUCCCCACCCCACAAAAAUGCAUUCAAAUAUUUUAAUAGUAUGGUAAAUUGGAACUUCUUCUACUAAUUUAUUAUUGCUUAGGGAUGGGUUUCUUACUCUUCAAAUUAUGGCUCAGAUCCAGAAGAAGAUUCUCUGGGUUUUGAUUUUUAAAUGGGUCUUGGGAUGAUUGUGGUGCCAAGUUGUGAAUCCCCCUCAGCAUACAGAUGUUUUUGCCUUGUAUGUGCAUUUUCAGUGAUUAAUGAACAUGUGAUUUAACAUACAGGUUUAAUAAGAAACCAAAGAGAGGAAUUCAGUACCUGCAAGAGCAAGGUAUGCUUGGUACUACUCCUGAAGAUAUUGCCCAGUUCUUGCAUCAAGAAGAAAGAUUAGACUCUGUAAGAAAAAUGUUAUUAAUGUCCAAUGUAUUUCAUAUGCGAUUUACUUUGUAAAUACAAUUGCAGUAGUUUGAGCUAGACUUAAACUCAUUCCUGUCAUAACUGUGUAAUGGUAAAGAAGUGUUUAUAGCUACACCCCAGAGAGUUCAUUUAAGCACACCCACACUCACAUGUCCAGCAGGACUUGUGGCAAAACAAAUUGAAGCAGCAGCAGCCCUUGUACCACUUUCCCCACUGCAUGGUGAGCUCCCCCGAGUUACAAAGGUAGUUUGCUGUGUGAGCAAGAGACUACAUUCUAAGAAUAGUCCUACUGGCUGUCUGGAAUAUGUGUAGCUUGCAUAUAGCUUAGACCUGAUUAUGAAUUUAUAAUAGAUGGAUAAAUAAUCCCAUUUCAAGCAUCUUAAGAGUUUCAUCACAAAUAAAUGGAAGGCUUUCUCAUCUGUGGUGUGUUAUCUAAUAUAACUGCUCUCCCCUUUCGAAAUAGCUGGUGGCAGUGGGAAAAAGACUGCCUUUACUGGCUUCAGCAAAGUAAAAUUAUCCCAGGUUUCCUCAGUGCAGCAGCAUAGGAUCAUCCUUAAAAGGACAAAUACAGUACCCAUUUUUAUUUUUAAUUUAAAUGUGAAUACACUUCUGAAAUCUAGAGCAUCUUAUAGGUCAAGAUGAAUGUGAAGAUGAUCUUCUGGGCAUGUAUGAUCUUGGUUGAUUAAACUUCAAAUUUCAGAGCUUGAAUGAUGCAGAAUCUGUUAUGGGCCAGAACCGAAUUGUCUCAAAUGCUGUGGGCAACAGUUCAUAGAACUGGGGGUUGGGGGAGUACAGUAAACUCCUGGAGGAUACCAUCCUAAUGUGAGGUUGCUCUCUUGCUUACAUUGGCAGUCAGCCAGUUUCUUGUCUUUUUUUAAAUGGAAGGAGGUUUUCUUCCCCUGUCAAGCACUUCACUGGAGCUAAUAAACUUUCCUGUGCUGUAGUGUGGAUUGCAAUAAUCAGCAACCAACAGAGCAACAUAUUUUGGGUGUUUAUUUUUUAAAUAUUUUUAAAAAUGAAAAAUGCCGUAUGGCUGGAUCACUUUCCAUUUGGUUGUAUACAUGUUGACCUGACCUGGAAUUAAUUAUUUUCAUUUUAGACUCAAGUUGGGGAGUUCCUAGGAGACAAUGAUAAAUUUAAUAAGGAAGUUAUGUAUGCCUAUGUGGACCAGCAUGACUUUUCAGCAAAGGAUUUUGUUUCUGCUCUGCGCAUGUUUUUGGAAGGCUUUCGUCUUCCGGGAGAAGCUCAGAAAAUAGAUAGAUUGAUGGAGAAAUUUGCUGCUAGAUACUUGGAGUGCAACCAAGGGUAAGUGGCUUUCUCUUGCCUUUGUCUAAUCUAUAGCUGGAUAAAGGGGGAAAUUGAUUAUAUAUAUUUUUUGUUUCAGGCAAACCCUCUUUGCUAGUGCUGACACUGCUUAUGUCUUGGCUUAUUCAAUUAUCAUGUUGACAACAGAUCUCCAUAGCCCACAGGUACAUUACUUAGAACCUAUUAAUUAUAACUUGAAUCUACAAAGUGGCUCACUCAGAUUUAUUAAACCAGCACCAUUUUAAGCUGACUUUACUUCUGAUUUAAAUAAAUCUUAUUUUCCUCCUGCAUCUUAAGUCUUGAUUGCAACCCCUUGACCCUGGAACACCUUCCCAAGAGUUCCAGAUGGCUCCCAUGUUGAUGAUUUUUAGGCAGGUGGUAAAAACUUAUUUAUUUCUUCAGGCUUCUGGCCUGUUUUAAAUUCUUGCCUGCUGAUUAGAUUUGUCUGGGUAGAUUGUGGGGUUUGUGCAUGCGUCUUUUUAAAUGUUCUGUCCAUUUUUUGUAUUGCUUUACUAUGUUGUAAGCCUUUUGAGGGCCGAAAGGCAAGGAACAAACAAUUUUAUAAAGUCUGCUGUUUUCUGCCACAGUAGGGGCAUUUCUGUAUAUGAAUGUGUUACAGUACUUUAGAUAAGGAAACCAACAUAAUGAAACAUACUUUUGCUUAGAUGUUACCAGCACUAUUAAUAGAACAGAUAUGUUAUUCAAAGGCACCCACAGACAAAAGUUUGGUGAAUGCUAGUAGGCAGGCCAUUCAAGUGCACAGUGUAUUGAAUAUGAACCAGGCCUUUUUCUUCAGAACUGCCCUUGGAGAGAUAUGGAAGCUGCCAUUAUCAUUCUGAUUUUAAUAGCCCACUUCUAUGUCCGUAUGAAGUUGAUGAAGUUUAAGAGCCAGUGUGGUGCAGUGGUUAAGAGCAGUGGACUCGUAAUCUGGUGAACUGGGUUCGCGUCUCCGCUCCUCCACAUGCAGCUGCUGGGUGUCCUUGGGCCAGUCACAUUUCUUUGAAGUCUCUCAGCCCCACUCACCUCACAGAGUGUUGUGGGGGAGGAAGGGAAAGGAGAAUGUUAGCUGCUUUGAGACUCCUUCGGCUAGUGAUAAAGCGGGAUAUCAAAUCCAAACUCUUCCUCUUCUUCUUAAUCAACAGUAGCAGAGACUGGUGGGUAAUGGAGGAGAGAGAGAGAUACUUCAGUGUGUGGACUAGAUGGGAUCCUUCCCUGGGUAUUUUUUCUUGAAGGUUCCUCUCUCGGUAGAUUCUGUGACUAUGUAUCCAUACAUCCUAGUGUAAUUCCUACUGAUGUUGCUUUCAUGGCUAAUACUAAACUGCUCCCCCCCCCCCCUUAAUUUCUAGGUAAAGAAUAAAAUGACAAAAGAACAAUACAUUAAGAUGAACAGAGGUAUCAAUGAUAGCAAGGAUCUCCCUGAAGAAUAUCUAUCUGCCAUAUAUAAUGAAAUAGCAGGGAAAAAGAUAUCAAUGAAGGAAACAAAAGAGUUAACGAUACCAACAAAAACAAGUAAACAAAGUAAGCCCCCACAGCAUACCAAGCUUCACAGAAUAAUUGUUGCUUCUCGCUUUCUUGUUGAUACUGACAACCAACCUAAUAAAACUACCUUGUUAUAAUGCAUCUUUCAAAAAAUAAUAAUCAGUGAGCAAGUACAUGUACACAUCUCAUUACUCUUCUGCAUUCUCUGUCUUUAUAUAGAGAUAAAAAACUGUGUGUGCAAAUAAAUGGCAACAGCAAAAUUGCACUAAAAUGCAAUAUAGGAGGGAAGUUAAAAUAAAUGCAUUUUCAUAUUUCAUAUAUAUGUAGCUUUCUGUUGAAACCAGCAUAUGUAUUGUGUGUUUUUUAUUACAACCAUGAUUUUGUUGGAACUGAACCUGUCCUUGUCUAAAUUUCUAGUUGUACAGGCAUGUUUCAAACGGUUGGCCUUCCUCUCCUGCAAUUGAUAACACUCAUGAAAUCUGUAAUAGUUCUUGUUGCAAACAUUAACUGUUCAAAUUUCAGCUCUGAAUAUCAACAUAUUAUAUAUUGGAGUCAAUAUUUUCAAGGGAGUAGGCAGAGUUUUGUUAGGGUGUAACAAAUUACCCCCCACCCGCUUUAUCCUUCAAAACCAGUCCUUUUCCAGUUUUAUUUGUAUUCUUAAGAAAAUCUAUGUGUGUGGCUAAAUCGUGGAUGAUAAAUCACUUGCAAUAAUGAGUGGGGAACCUGGACCAAUGCUUCCAUCAUCCCUGGCCAUUGGCCAUGCUUGUUGGGGCUUAGGAUGUGCAGUCCAGCAACAUCUGGAGAGCCAUGGGCUCCUAAUACCUUCUUUAGAUUAUUUCAAUGGGGUUGACAUCAAGUGAUGCCUGUCUAAUUGUGCCAUAGAUUUCCUCUACUCCUUUAGCAUAUCGCCCCUUUCCCAAUUUGAAAACUGAAAACGUCUUGUUUAAAAGCUAAAAACAUUCCAUUGUGUCUUUGUCUUGUGAGAAACAAGUCAAACCUUAUAUGGUAAAAUGGGCAAAGGUUUUACAAUUGUAUAUGGUACAGUUAGCAAAAAGUGUUAGAACUGUUAAUAAGAAAGUGGAAAUAGGUUUCAUAUAUGGUAGAUGUCUGAAGCCAAGAGAGUACUGAGUAAAGAUAAGGAAUAAAAGAGAGCUAAUAACACAGAGAUCUGGAAACUGAUCCACUCUUGUUUUUGUUAUGCAAGAGAUUUGCCAGUGGGUUUCCAGUAAAUAAAUAUGUAUAUGUGCAUUGUAUUAAUGGCAAGAUUUUGUAUGCCUAUCAGUGAAGGACAGCAAUUCCUACAGUGCGGGUAGAAUAUAUGACUGCAUGGUUAUUUAAAAACUAACCAAGUUAGAAUGUAGGAAGGAAGACAAACAUAAAACAAUUUUUUAUAGGAUGGAAACCAUUUAUUUAUUGAAUGUUGACAGAACAGAGCGCGUCCAUAGGCGGAAAACAUUUAUUUCUUUGAUUAAAAAUGUAUCAACAUGAUUGUUACAAGUUGUGCAUAUAUUGCUGAUAUUAUAAGUAUGUUUUUCUUUGUAUAUUUGUUUUGUCUUUGUUUAGAUUUUGUAUAGAAUAAAUUGUUUUAAAAAUGUAAUAGAUGCACUUGCUUCCAGGUGUAGCUAGUGAAAAGCAGAGGCGACUUCUUUAUAAUUUAGAAAUGGAGCAGAUGGCUAAAACAGCUAAAGCUCUGAUGGAGGCAGUGAGCCAUGUUCAAGCUCCUUUCACAAGCGCAACACACUUGGAACAUGUAAGACCAAUGUUCAAGGUAAGUCUUAUAAAUAUUCCUCUUUUGUACUAUGGCUACAUGCUUCCUCUAAAUAGGUGAAUAUUUUACAUUUUAAAACACUAUUGAAAGCAGUUCUUUGCUUUCUAAGAACACAAAUUUUACUAUUACCAGCAUCAAUUACUAGCUACCUAAAUGUAUAAUAAAUAGCUUAGCAAGCAAUCUUAUGCGCAAGGAGCUGGUAGAGAGCAUGGCAGCACAAAUGAGGGCAGCGUAAAGUCAUAGCAGAUCCUGGCCCUGUUCAGAAGCCCAAGGGGGGGGGAGGAAUUUACAGAGUGGCAACACAAAAUACAGAGAGAUGGCACGCUUGGUGUCACCGUGGCAACCAAGGCCAGCUGUUGACAUACACAGCAGACAGUUCCCAAACUCCCUGUCCAGAGUAGACGCACUGUGAAGCCAUGCAGAGAGAGCCAAUGGAUAACAACGAGAAUACCCCUGCUUUGGAAUGUAAACAUGGAAGUAGGGGCAGGGCAAUUUGGUGACUCUAGCAAUAUGGCAGCCAUAAAUGCAGUGUACCCUGGCCAUGCCCAUCAUAUGCCAUACCAAUCACACAGUAACAGUGUGACCAGGUAAAUAAACCCGUAUGGGAAAUGCCAGCAUUCCCAAGCUUUAUUUAUUAUAGAUUUAAAACAAAAUAAAUGAAAAAUCAACGGGUGAAUCAAGUUUGUCCGCAUUAUAGAUUUAUAAUGCUGUUCACAUUUAUCUGGACUACAUAAUAGUGAAAGUGUGUGUUGCUGUUUGAACGAUUUGUUGUUCUUUUUUAUUCUAGUUGGCAUGGACACCAUUCUUGGCUGCAUUCAGUGUAGGUUUGCAAGACUGUGAUGACACAGAAGUUGCCUCUCUUUGCCUAGAAGGCAUACGAUGUGCAAUCAGAAUAGCAUGCAUUUUUAACAUCCAGGUAAUACUGAAUUCUAAGGUUCAGUAAAAGUAUUGUAAAUAUUCGUGAUUAUAUAGUAGCAUUGUGCCAUAAAAUACAAUGUGUGAUUUUCCAACAGUAUAAUGUUAUAUCUUACUCUGGUUUUAGCUUAUUGGUGAUUUUUUUGUGGAAUGUUUUAAUAACAGUUUGUACUUACAAUUAUAUUGUUUUAUUCUUUUUGUAAACUGCUUUGAGCUUUUUUUACAAUUAUUUAGUAUAUAAUCGUUGUUAAACAAAUAAAAGUCACUUUAAAAAUGGAAAUUAUAGAUUUCAAAUGUCAAUGAGAUUAAUAUAUGCAUGAGACUGCAAAGUGGAUAUAAGGUUAUCGUUGGGCACCUUGCCAGCACCUUGUACUUUUUCUAAUUAAUAGUUUACUAAGAGAGAAAAGACAUUCUCAUACACAAUACAGUGGUACCUCGGGUUACAUACGCUUCAGGUUACAGACUCCACUAACCCAGAAAUAUUACCUCGGGUUAAGAACUUUGCUUCAAGAUGAGAACAGAAAUCGUUUAGCGGUGGCGCAGCAACAGGAGGAGGCCCCAUUAGCUAAAGUGGUGCUUCAGGUUACGAACAGUUUCAGGUUAAGAACAGACCUCCAGAACGAAUUAAGUUCUUAACCUGAGGUACCACUGUAUAGGCAGAAGGUAGUGGUUUAUCUGAGUUUCAUCAUGAGUAAUUCCAGUCCUUUUAUUAUUUUGGUAUAGGAAAAACUUACUUAGUAAAAUAUGUUGCUGUAUCUUUUAGUACACCAACUACUAGGAAUUCCAAACCUGUUCACUUUGGGGGAGCAAUCACUACUGAUUAAGCUUCAACAUUACCUGCAUUGUGUUGAUGUAUCUGGAAAACUGCUGAGUGUAGAUCUCAGAGCUAUUUCUUCUGUAUUUUGUUGUGUUGAGUGAGUUCAUACCAUAGUAGGCAAGUGUUAGGAUUCCUGAUUAUCUCAUUGAGAUCAUAACCUUUUGGGUUUUAAUUUUGUUCAUGUAUGGAACAAUUGUUUAUUUUUAUUAUAUGGAUAGAUAUAGCUAUACUGCCUAUUAAGAAAACGUCUCAAAGCCAGCAGCACUGAAUCAGUACAAAAUUUAACUAAAAAUGUUAUGACAAAUGGCUGGCAUCAGAUUAUAGCUGUCCAAAAUGGUAGCUGUUUUCAUAUGUUCUUUGAAGAACUUGAGGAAAGUAGGUGACUCUCAUAAUUCAGUUUGCACACUCCUCCAGGAAUGAUGCACCAACACAUAAAGAGAAAAACCCCUACUUCUUAUAUAAAAUCUGAUUCACAACUUUUGUAGUAUUUGUGUUUGAGUACCAUAAGGAAGCAGCCAGAGUCUCCUGUGUUUCCCCUCCCUCCAUUACAUUGGCUUCAAUAUUGACAUCUUGCAUCUCUAUUAAUACAGUACUAUGGUGUAGUAACUGCUGUGAUAUCUAGCAGUAGAUGAACUAGGUAAAUCUUGAUGAAUUAAAACACUCAUUUUUCUUCCUAUAGCUUGAAAGGGAUGCUUAUGUCCAAGCACUAGCAAGAUUUACUUUACUUACGGUGAAUUCUGGUAUUACUGAAAUGAAACAGAAGAACAUUGAUACAAUAAAAACACUCAUUACAGUGGCUCAUACUGACGGAAAUUACUUGGGAACUUCUUGGCAUGAGGUAGAUUAUAUUUUUAAUUGCUAUAUAAUAACUGAAUGUGUAGAAUAUACAUUCUCUGUGUAUAUAUUUGCAUGAUGCAUAGAUAACUUUUUCAUAUACUAAAACCAUAUUGUCAAAUUUAAUUGUAUAUUAAUGUUGUUAGGAGUGUUUGUGUCAGUGUGAGAUACCUAAAAGGUUUCUGGAAAUUUGCUUGUGUGUAUGGAUGAAAAUUGCUAGGGUUUACUAACAUUUGAUGUUAAAAAUGAUCUGCCUUUCAGUAGAUUGGUUAUUUUAUUUUGCUGUAUUCUUUUUUAAAUUCAAGAUUUUGAAAUGCAUCAGUCAGCUUGAAUUGGCACAGUUAAUAGGUACUGGAGUAAAACCACGUUACAUCUCUGGGACUGUGAGAGGACGAGAAGGUUCUUUUACAGGAACAAAGGAUCAGGCACCUGAUGAAUUUGCAAGUCUAGGAAUAGGCAAGUAUUGUAAAUACUAACUACUAGCUGGCAAAAUUGCUUUAAGUACAUUAUGUCUGCCUUGUUGCUGGUUUAGCUUUGUUGGUGACUUUUCUGUAGAAAGAAGAGAACUAUACAAAUAUUAUAUACUAUUGCCUGGCGACUUCGUGACAUUUCCUUAAGUGCCAGGUGAAAACAUUUCUCGGUUUCUUUUUUAAGAUAAUUCUUUAUUCAUUUUAUGUACAAGAGCCAGUGUGGUGUAGUGGUUAAGAGCGGUAGUCUCGUAAUCUGGGGAACCGGGUUCGCGUCUCCGCUCCUCCACAUGCAGCUGCUGGGUGAUCUUGGGAUAGUCAUACUUCUCUGAAGGCUCUCAGCCCCACUCACCUCACAGAGUGUUUGUUGUGGGGGAGGAGGGGAAAGGAGAAUGUGAGCCGCUUUGAGACUCCUUCAGGUAGUGAUAAAGCGGGAUAUCAAAUCCAAACUCUAAACUCUCUUACAAUCAUUACAACAGAAGACUUCACAUCUAAGAUGAAACAGUAUAUAACAAAACCUUGAGUCUCAUAUUUUCGUUUGUACUGAUUCUUCUCAGAUUCCCUUAUUUUGCUAUUCCUUAAUAUUUGUUUCUCUAUAUCCAUUUUGUAUUUUUAUGUUGUGAACCACUGAUCAGAUGAAGCGCAAUAUACAAUUUUAAUUAAAAAUAAGAAUGGAUUGUAUCCAAAGUUAGUCAUACUUGGAGUAAACCCAUUGAAAUAACUGAAGGGGACUAACAUAGGUGUAUUAUUUUCAACGGGACUUUGCACUUGUACAUAGUUCUUCCAUCAUAUUCCAUGCUGUUCCAGAGGGCCCUGUGAUUAUCAGGCGUAGCCUUUUUGGAAAUAUAAGGAGUCCAGUGGAUAUUUGGGGGGGGGCAAAGAUUAGACAACCUUUCUUGCACAAGUGAAAGUUAUUUCUACUAACAUAAAGUCACCAGUCUUUGUGUAAAAGAGCUGUAUGUGUCAUUGGGCCUUUAUUCAUAAGGUUGACAGACAGCAGCUCCUAACAAUAGCCAGACGACAUUGCAGUGGGAAGCGGUGUGUGUCCUAACUCUAGCACACAGAUUUCAUCCAUUUUUGCCAUUAUCUUCAGUAUUGCUAGCAAAUAUAAUUAUUUCGAUGUUUGCAAAGUUACUUUUUUUCCUUCCUCCAUUCAACAACCCAUCCCUUCUUUUAAAAAUUGAUGUAUCUGCUAGUUGGAGGAAAUAUGGACUGGAAGCAGAUUGCAAGUAUUCAAGAAUCCAUUGGAGAAACUAGCUCACAAAGUGUUGUUGUUGCUGUAGACAGGUAUGGUAUUGUAUUUGCCUUUUGCUUGAUACUGUGAUGUUUGUAUAGUAGCAUAGAUAUUUUGGCUGCAUUAGAAAUAGUCAUAUUACUUGUUAGCGUUUUGGGGUUUUUUAAUGAUACUACCUCUAGUAAUGCUCUAGUAAUGUUUGUUGAUCCAAAGAACUAAAUGAUACAACUGAGUUAGUGAGGGCAAAAUGGAGAGGGUUGGUAAGGUUGCAGGGGCAGAAAAGAAGCAUGGGAGGACUGCAGAUGGCUUUGCGAUCCACUUUGCCCUUAUUUGUACCUCUGGCAUGGGAGGGGAAGCAAGGGGAUGACUGCAAAACUUUGAUAGGAUCAGCACGAGGCAGGCCUUGUAAGCCUUUCUGCAUUUUCAACCUCUGACUUGGGGAUUUUGACAGGUGGGUUAACCACCUGUCAAAGCUGAGGUGGGAGCCAACAAGGUUCCCCCCACUUGGUCUAAGAGGAGCUUGGUGAGGUGUGCGUCUCGUAAAUGGAGUUGUUGGCAAGUAAUGCCAGCAGGGACACAGCUCCUAGUAUAUGUACAAGCAGUCACCAUUUUGUGCAGGGGUUCCAUUCCCAGCCCCUGCAGGCAUCGGGGGAGUGUGUAUAAGCAUGCCAUGCCCCCAUUCUUCCCUUUCCCAGGUCCAAAAGACCCACACAUCAGCAACCGCGCAUCAGUUGGAUAGGCCUAAAAUGGCUGUCCCCUGUGUAUAAAUAUAAACACAAACACAUAUAUUUAUAUGUCAAAUAUUCAGUGGUAGGGUUUGUUGACCUUUAAUCUUCGUAUAUAUUGAGGAAAUCUGCCGUGAAAAAUUCUUACACAGUUUUGUUAAAUUGUGUCUUCGACAGAAUAUUUACAGGAUCUACAAGGCUAGAUGGAAAUGCUAUUGGUAAGUUUUGGACACUGCUUACCAUACUAGUGUAUUAACAUUUGUUAAAAAGCACAUAUUAAGUGGAUUCUCUGUGGAUUUAACAGUGGAUUUUGUUCGAUGGCUUUGUGCUGUGUCUAUGGAUGAACUGCUGUCUGCCACUCAUCCUCGGAUGUUUAGCCUGCAGAAGAUAGUGGAGAUUUCUUACUAUAACAUGGGGAGAAUAAGGCUUCAGUGGUCUAGAAUCUGGGAAGUUAUUGGAGAUCAUUUCAAUAAGGUAUGCCUCAUAUUUACUAGCUCUUCCACAAAGCCAAUUGGACUUUUUAAUCUAUAUAAUAAAAAUGCCCCAUCAGCGUUUUGAGUGCUGAAGAUACCACCAGUUAAUUACUACUUACUGCAAGUUAGACUUUGAGAAAAGUUUUAGAAAAUAAUUAUGCUAAUAAAUAGUUCUACUUAGAGGAAACGGUGCAUUUUUAAUGUUUUUGUAUAAUUUCCUGCUGGUUUUGCCAUACAGUUAUUUACAGAUUUAAAUAAUUAUGUAUAUUUUUUGCUUUUUACAUUGCAUAUCAUGAGUUUCCAACUUGGCUUUGCUAGGUUGGCUGUAAUCCCAAUGAAGAUGUAGCUAUUUUCGCGGUCGAUUCCUUAAGGCAGUUAUCAAUGAAGUUCUUAGAAAAAGGGGAACUUGCUAAUUUCCGAUUCCAGAAGGACUUCUUAAGACCAUUUGAACAUAUCAUGAAAAGAAACAGGUAAUAAAUGAUGUGUAAUGGGUGAGCUACCUGAAAUCAUUCUCUCAUUCUCUAGUGUACAAAACUAAAGCUUGGAGUUUUAACUACUAAAUUGUUUGUAAAUUUUGUCUCUGUUGUAGAUCUCCAACCAUUCGUGACAUGGUUGUUCGCUGCAUAGCCCAGAUGGUAAACUCCCAAGCAGCAAACAUCCGCUCAGGAUGGAAGAAUAUUUUCUCAGUUUUUCAUCUGGCUGCAUCUGAUCAGGAUGAAAGUAUAGUUGAACUUGCCUUUCAAACUACAGGUCACAUUGUCAGUGAGUAUAAUUUACAGCCUUUUGCCAGGAGGUAUAAUAUAUUCUGUUCUUGUUGUGUUGCUUUUUAGCUUCAGAAUUUAUUUGCGUAGUAAAACUUAAAUAAUAAUACUUAAUAAAAAUCAUUUUGCUUUACUGCAUAGGUAAGGGAACUUGUGGCCCAUCAGUAGAUGCCAUUGGCCUACAACUCCCACCAUCCCCAGCUGGCUGGGGGUUUUAGGAGUUGAAGUCCAACAUUAUCUGGUUCACCCCCACUGAUUUUAUCAAGAUAACAUCUGUAUCUUAAAAAAUCUUAGAAUUUGUUUACUGUGGUUUAAAGGGCAGAUAUUCUAACUAUUCAUCUGUACUUUCUUUCCUUCCAGCAAUUGUGUUUGAGAAACACUUCCCAGCAACUAUAGAUUCUUUCCAGGAUGCAGUUAAAUGCUUGUCCGAAUUUGCAUGCAAUGCAGCUUUUCCAGAUACAAGUAUGGAAGCAAUUCGCCUUAUUCGUCAUUGUGCAAAAUAUGUAUCAGAAAGGCCACAGGUAUAAUUUAUAGGUGGUAGUAGUAUUUAUGUACAGCUUCAUCUGCUAAGUCUUGACCAUAAAUGUUCUGGUGUAAAAUAGAGGAGAGAAUUUCAUGGGAUGACGUUUGUUUCUGAAUGCUGAUAUGAUCCAGUUUCAACCAAGGCCAGAGCAUUCCCCUCCCCCUCCCCCCCGCCUGGAGACCAUGGCCUCGGGGGGGGGGGGGGUCUGGUCAGAAAAAAUCUCUCUCCAAAGAUAUUAAUUCCAAGAUAUGUGUGAUAUAUAUUUUAUAAUCCCAAAAUAGUAUUUAAUGAAUGAAAAAUGAUUUAGGAAUUGCUUUAAAAUUAAUUUUAGGUGCUGUUCACCAAUGUGAAUUUAGGAAGCAGAAUGAAUAACAAUAACAACAACAAUAACCAUAAUUUUAUUCCUUCCGUAGCACCUUAGAGACCAACUAAGUUAGUUAUUGGUAUGAGCUUUCGUGUGCAUGCACACUUCUUCAGAUACACUGAAACAGAAGUCACCAGACCCUUAUUAUUUAUACCCUGCCCAUCUGGCUGGCUAAGCAAAUACUGUGUCUUCUUCUUUGUCUUAUAAAUCCAAAUAAAGUUUUUAUAAAUAAUUUUUAUAAAUUAUUUAUUAAAAGUAUUUUUGUUUUUUUAUCCAUCUGUCAGCAGGAUGGAAAAGGAAGCAAUUUUUGGCAACUCCCCUCCCCAAAUUCAGAGCAGAUUACGGGAAAGGGGGAUCAAUUGGAAAUUGCUUCAUUCCUCUGUAAACACCUUACAUGUCAGUUGAACAACUCCAUUGGAUAUCAAGUUAUGGGUGUAAUAAAUUAUUGCAUUUGUUAACAUCCUUUUGGAAAUUCUGAUGAAGGCAAUAGUUGGAUCCAAGGUUGUAUUCAACUAAGUCUUACUCAAAGUAGGCCCAUUGAAAUUACCGAGCAUUAUAAAGGCAGGUCCAUUAAUUUCUAUAGGUGUCCUCUAAGUAAAACUUAGUUGUAUACUGCCCACACAACUGCUGCUGUUUGUAGAAACCUCUCUGAAUCAGGGCCUGAUAUGUGAUAGUUAAAGCAGCUUUACCUAGGAAACCAAAUUAUAAUUUAUUUAGCAUCAACUGGCUUGAUGAUUUUCUGGGUAUAGAACAUAGAAAUUGCAUUUAAUACUGUGUUUCUGCUGCAUUAAACUUCUGUUUGCUCCCUAAGGCUUUCAAAGAAUAUACCAGUGACGAUAUGAAUGUAGCUCCAGAAGACAGAGUCUGGGUGAGAGGAUGGUUUCCAAUUCUCUUUGAGCUUUCCUGUAUCAUCAAUAGAUGCAAAUUAGAUGUAAGAACCAGGUAACAAGCCAUAUUUGUAAUUCAAAUUUUUAAAACAUUUUGUUUCACUUGCAAGUCUUCAAGCAAGAAAUGGGUGGGAAAUAACAUUGUUAUUGCCAUAUAAGCAAUCUGACUAUCAGCAUCUUGGAAGGAACUGAAAAGCUGAGAAUCAUAGAGAAUCCUCAUAACGGUUAUGCAAUUAUAUCCCUUUGUUUGCUAUAGGGACUUAUUUUCGCUUAGCAAAUUGGUGAAAAUCCAUUGUAUAUAUGUAAAUAGUUAGAGACAGUUAUUUAGUGUGGCAGAUAUAGGUUCUCUCUGUAAGGGGGUAGAUUUCGAAAUGUAAUUCUCUAAAUUUACAAAAUAACAAUUCAACAGCACAUUAAAAAUUUAAACUUAUUUGCCAAGAGAAAAGUGGAGUUAUUUAUAUAGGAGGCUCUUAAAAAAAAAAAAGUAUUGAAACAGCACAUAGCCCCCAAACAUCUUUCUUCGCUGCCACGGAACCUUUAAGAUCAGAAUCCGAUAGCAUGCAUCUCUAUCUCUGAUCUACACAUAAAAGUUAGAAAGCAAAAUAAAAGACUCUGUGGUCCUUUGCAGUAUUUGGUAUUGAAUUGUGGAAGGCAAGUGGUUCUAUAGCCAGAUUAGCUCCUCUUAUGUUCUUAAAUGUGUGAAUACAGCAUUAAAAUUGGGUUGUUGUUUUGGAGAUUAACAUUCCUCUGUGUCCAGUAAAAUACAUUCUGUUCAGUGCAUGUAUAUUAUUGCUUCACCCACCUUCGCAGUUCUUCACCUACCCAUCAGCUUGGAAAAAUAAAGGAAAUGGUGUUUAGAAUUGAAUUUCUAAUGCAGCGAAGAAAAAUGCUGCAUAGUCUUACCACAUUUCAUUGCAGAUGCUUCUGUUCUCGUGUGAAAUCUUAGUUUAAAUAGAAACUUUUGGAAGUUCUUUGCUUUGCAAAGGGGGAUGGGAAUCAAAUCUGAAUCUUCUCCUCAGCUUUUUUAAAAAAAUAUCACUGACGUUUGGCAGAACUGAAUGCUAUUGUAAACUGCAUUUUUGUAACGAUUCAUAAUUCCCUGUGAACUUUAGAAGAUAACUGCGUAGGUAGGAGUUUGUGUCCUCGCUUCACAUAAAUGCCUUUUUAUAUUUUUGUCCUUCCUUUCUUUCAUGAUGGAAACUUAAGAUGGCAUAUAUGUAGGAUUCUUUGUGCAGGCGCUAUAAGGUUACUGCAUCAUAUGCCUUCAGACCUUGCCCUAUUGGGUACACUGUGCCUGUUCUUACUAGUUUCAAGAUCCUCCUUCAAGUUUAAAAAUAGAUUUUAAAAGUCAUUCUGGGAUCUGAGAUGUUCUGUUUUGCUCAGGUUUCCCAUAUUUGCCAUUUACUUUUUAUUCCAGAGGCUUAACGGUUAUGUUUGAAAUAAUGAAAACGUAUGGCCAUACUUAUGAAAAACACUGGUGGCAGGAUUUGUUUCGGAUUGUCUUCCGGAUAUUUGACAACAUGAAAUUGCCAGAACAACAAACUGAAGUAGGUAUAGUUUAUGACUUACGACUAGAGUUCUAUUUAUUUUUCUAUUGCUGUCAUAAGCUCUUUUGCUCAAACCUUUCUUCAGAUAACUGGCUAUAUUGUAGAAUUGCCAUUGUGUUCCCUUGCCUCUAUGCUUUAUCCCCAUCUACAGACCUGUAUAUGACGUCCCUUGAUGGCAGACUUUAAUGUUGAAGCACAUGGGAGUUUAUAUCUGCAUGGUGAAUAGCAGUAUAACACCUCAGUUAAAUCUCUUUCCAUAAUGCCAUUCUGAAUCAGAGGGGUAAAGAGAUCCCAUCUCAGUUUAUUAAGCCCAGGACUGGAUUGUUGUAAAUAGUUGUUUUCCUCAUUUAGACAAAACGUCUGCUUUUUAAUCUUCUUGUGGUUGUGAAAAGCACUUUACUAACGAGAUACUGGAGUUAGAAAGGCCUUUUCCAUAUAACUGGAUUUUAUCUUACUACAGCUGUUUUUAAAAAAAUAGCCAAUCCAGUGCCAUUUUUCUAGAAAAAGAGGUGCCCGGAACUCACCAUGAAUGCCUCCCUCCUUCUCUUAGAAUGACAAUGGCACCCACCUGAGAGGUGCCGGAACUGAGUUCCACCGUGUUGCAGCUGAGAAAAAAGCCCUGAUCCAAUCUCACUCAAAGGAUUUGACCCUACUUUGUUUUUCAACUUCAUUCUAACUAAUUCCUUCAUUGCUAAGUUCCCUCUUCCUUUUUCCUAGAAAGCUGAGUGGAUGACAACAACUUGCAACCAUGCACUUUAUGCAAUAUGUGAUGUAUUCACCCAGUAUUUGGAAGUACUUAGUGAUGUCCUUUUGGAUGAUAUAUUUGCCCAGCUGUACUGGUGUGUUCAGCAAGGUAGGUGCAGGCAAGCUAUUGUACACAAUGAAACAAUUUACUCUGUAUAGCAUGAACAAACCAAUGCCUUUGUUUUGUGUUUCAGACAAUGAACAACUAGCACGGUCUGGUACAAACUGCCUAGAAAAUGUUGUCAUUUUAAAUGGUGAGAAGUUUACCCUUGAAAUCUGGGAUAAGACUUGCAACUGUAUGCUGGAUAUCUUCAAAACUACGAUUCCCCAUGCGUAAGAGAUUUCCCCCUUUCAUUUAAUUGGCAUGAGAACAAUGCAUACUUUUAUAUACUUGUCUUAUUGUCUAUGCUUGGCUUUUACGGCAUACAAACAUAGGAGAUAUGUCAUACCAAGUCAAGGCACUAGUACAGAGUUUUCCAAACUGUGUUUCACAUCAACACUACCCGCGCUCCUCCAGGGGCUGGAGGGUUAGUUUAACCUCUGGUUUGCUAGUAAAACUGAAUUACUGCGCCGCAAAAUGAUGCUCUGUACUAGUACGUCUAGCUCAGUUUUGCUGACGCUGACUAGCAGUGACCCUCCAGGCUUUCAGACAGGGCGUCUCUCCCAGCCCUACCAGGGACUGAACAUGGGAUCUUCUGCAUUCAAUGCAUGUGCUCUGCCACUGAAAUACAGCCCUUUUUGUUUCUGUAUAGCUUCUCUUAUUUGUGAAUCUGCAUAAAUGGAGACCUGCAUAUGCACAGGCUAAAUCUGGAAACUGAGUAACAUGGGAAGCUGCCUUAUUCAGAGCCAGACCAUUGGUUCCUCUAGUUCAGCUAUGGUAGAUCGUGAUCUACUGGUAGAUCGCAGGGUGUUCCUGGUAGAUCCUGGCAGAUCUUUGCCCCCCUCCCCAGGGCCUAAAAAAAGCUUAACAACUUUGGACAACAGUGGGUAGAUCACUGCCAGUAGAUCACAGUCUAUUGGGAGUUGGACGUCCCUGCGUCUAGUUCAAUAUUGUCAACGCUGACUGGCAGUAGCUUUCCAGGGUUCCAGGCAGCGCUCCUUCCCAGCCUUACUUGGAAAUGCCAAACAUUGACCUGGGAACCUUUUGCACGCAAUGCUUGUGCGCUGCCACUGAGCUUUAGCCAUUCUAGGACAGGUUCUCCCUCACUUCCCGUUGGUUAGCGCCUCUGGUGCCAGUUGCUUCAGCCAAGGGGCAGGCUGAGUGCCUCCCAAUCAAUUUUUUAAAAAUAACCAUGGAAUAAGUAGGUUUUAGCUUCUCUUCCAUUCUAAAAGCAUUUUCUUCUUUUCUUAAAUCAUUCUGAAUUGCAUUGAAUUUGCUUAUUAGCCCAAUUAAGCCUCUCUUUUUUAUAAAAGUGUUGAGGUUUUACAAUACAGUCAUCACAGAUUUCACCUUGUGUCCAGGAGAAGGCUAUCACAUCAGUGCCUGUUUGCCUUCUUUAAUUUGUAAACAGUCUUGUCUUGACUGAAUGCCGAUCUAUGGGGAAAAAGCUAUCUCAGGCUGAGCUCAAAUGGAUUUCCUAUGAAUAGAAUUUCAUUCUAUAUUUAUUUGUAUAAGUAGCCUUGGAACAUUUUAUGUGUAACUUUUGUCUCCUUUCCUGCUCAUAAUGCUAUGCAAAAUAGGUUUAUCACUGUUCUUGUCUUCAAAGUUUAAGAUGUUACUUCUGUUUGUGACCGAACUUAUGUUUUAUUUUUUCAAGGCUUUUAACUUGGCGGCCAGCAGGGGGAGAUAUUGUUCCUCCAUCUCCUGGAAGAGAGAAACAAUUGGUAUGUUUUCCAUGUGAAAAUGGCAGGGGAAAUGCUUUCAUAUAUAUGAGUAAAAUGUACCUUUUGUAGAACAAGAGAGGUUUUCUUAGACCAUUUUUUGUUGUUGUAAGUUGAAGUCUGCAAGUUCCUUAUAUUUGCAUUUGUGAACUGUAGAUGACAGCUAACGUCUGAAUAAAUACCCAUAGGAUUGGUCUGUUACACUAAUUUUCUCAUAAAUGUUGACUGGAUUCGGACACAGUGUCAAACCAUUUUUUUGGUAUUACAUGAACUAGCCUGGAGCUCAGCACUCCCCUUCCUCCUUUGCACUCUCUCGCCUUCGUAACAAACAUUUGCCUUUGCUUCUGAACCCAUGGCUUGCGCAGUUUGGAUAAAAGGAAAUGCAGGAGGAGGCAAAGAGAACGGAAUACUGAACCUGAGGUUUGUUCAUGUGACACCAAGUCUUUGUUGCUGUUGAGUAUUGUUACUGUGUGGUCUUUAAAUAUUCUAAGAUGAAAGAAGAGUUCAGUUUAUUUAGAGCAGUUCAAAUAAUAUUCAUUUUUAAAAGUUCUGACAGCUGUGUUUAUAGCAAACUGUACCCAUGUCCUUCUAGGAGACAUAAUGACUGUCAAGUGGUGACUAAAAUUUAGGUUCACAAAAAUAUGCUCCAAAGUAGGGUUUCCUCAACACUGAACUUCGUUUUGCUGAGGGUGCUUUUUGCUAUUUCUUUCCAUUUUCAGGAUACACUAUCUCAGAAAUCUGUAGAUAUCCAUGACUCUGUGCAACCAAGAUCUUCAGAUAGAAGACAGUUUCAGCCCAUUGUGGGGCUACCAGCAAGUGAGGAGGCCAGCAAAAACAAGCCUCCUGCAAGUGAGUGGUUUCCUUAAGGAGUUGUUUCACAAAGGCUGGGCUGCAAAGGCCCUAGUUGAUAAAAGCACUUCUGUUUAUCCAGUGGGACCUCCCUAUUCCCCACCCCCUUUCCCUGCUGCUCCAUACAUUGGGCUCUAGACUACUUCCAAAAUUCCUUGAAACUUUGGGAAUGACUUUUCAAGUGCUGCUUUUAAAAAGAGGAAGGGAUGCCCAAAGCCUGUGGUCUGCGCAGAAGUUUCCUUUAUGAUUUGUUGGCUCUGGGCUGUGCUUGUAUAAAAUGAGAGUGGUGAUGCGUCCAGGACUACUGCAGAAUAUAUUUCAUUCAGGUUGCCUAUAAAACAGUUUUGCAUUUUAAAAUGAUUGUACUUCUUUACCUUGGACAUGAUAUAUUAAGAAGAUACAGAUGCUUUUUAAAAUGUCAUUUAUAGCCUGAAAAUUUAAGCUUUGCUUUUUAGCAACCUUUGCACUGAUAAAGAAGAGGUAGCACAGGAUACUUUAUUUUAUUCUUUAAAUUAUUUAUAACCACCUCUUCAUUGUUCACAUGAUCCCAGAGCGAGGAAUAACAUUAAAAUAAAACAAAACAAUAUUCAGUUGAAAUACAACUUAGUAUAAAAUUAGACAGCAUAUUAUCAAUAUAACAUAAUGGCAUCUGCCGUGCAAGGGGUGCCAUUUUAGCCAAAUGCUUAGUUGGUUUUUCUACCGGUUGUUGAAACUCCAUUAGUGUUAGAGCUGAACACGCCUGAAAGGGAAGGGCGUUCCAGAGUUGGGUACCACUAUUGAGAACCACUAAAUCAUACAGUAAUAUGUCUUGGCAACUGUACUGCUGUGCAGUGUAAGUAUCUUGGGAGUACUUAAACAUUUGCUUAAAUUGAUCUUAUUGUUUUGUGCUUUGUUUUAAAGAAUUUCCUGACCAGAAACUGUUUGGUGCUCUGUUGAUCAAAUGUGUCGUUCAACUGGAACUCAUUCAAACAAUCGACAACAUCGUCUUCUUCCCAGCAACCAGCAAAAAGGAAGAUGCAGAGAAUCUUGCUGCAGCACAGGUAAGUACAGUUUGCCAGUUCCAGCCUUUGGAGAUGUGCAUUUAUUCUCCACUUAUUGGUUCAGUGGUCUGUUUUGUAACAUCUGCUUUCUGCUGGAAAAUUCCUGAAUUUCCAUGGAAGAAAAUUCUCUUAACGAGAGCGUAGCCAAGUUUAUAUAGAACCUGGGAAAGAACUGCCAGUGACCUUUAUGCUUUAUUUCCCCUGCUUCUGGUGUAACUUUUGAAGUGCCUCUAAUUCAGGCUAACAGUACACAAAGAAACCUCUUUUUCUAGGUAUAAUAUGCCACGGGUCUAAUGGGAAUGUCCUUGUUUGCCGUUUGACUCUCCUCUGUGCCCUGGGAGCCAGUGAUGUAGAUUUGUAGGAAGCUCACACACAGUCUUUCCCACCCAUUCAUAUACAUCCCCAGCCUCAAGGGAUUACAGCUUAAAAAAGCAGCUCCCAAGUGGCAUACUAUGGAGAUUUAACAAUGUGUGAGUAGACAUCAAGUAAAAGCAAAGUUCAGAUCAAUCUGCUUUUGAGGAAAAGAAACUAGAGUAAUGCAAUUGUAAAUAGUUUUCACCAUUUAGUUGCUGCAGGUAUUGAGCAGUUUCAUAAUCAUAUUAAAACUAUUUUGCAAUAUGAAUGCCAAUUCCAUUUUUCUUUUCUUUAGAGAGAUGCAGUAGACUUUAAUGUUCACGUGGAUACACAAGAUCAAGGAAUGUAUCGCUUUUUAACAUCCCAGCAGCUUUUCAAGUUGCUGGACUGUUUGCUGGAAUCUCACAAAUUUGCUAAAGCUUUCAAUUCAAACAAUGAGCAAAGAACUGCACUGUGGAAAGCAGGUAAAACUUAGGAGUUUUAAGGACUUUCAAAGUAAUAUUAUAUUACUUUAUAGGGACGGGUGGCGCUGUGGUCCAAACCACUGAGCCUCUUGGGCUUCCUGAUCGGAAGGUCAGUGGUUCAAAUCCUUGCAGCGGGGUGAGCUCCCGUUGCUCUGUCCCUGCUCCUGUCAACCUAGCAGUUCGAAAGCAUGCCAGUGCAAGUAGAUAAAUAGGUAGCGCUGCAAUGGGAAGGUAAACAGUGUUUCCGUGCGUUCUGGCUUCUGUCACGGUGUCCUGUUGCACCAGAAGCGGUUUAGUCAUGCUGGUCACAUGACCCGGAAAGCUGUCUGUGAACAAACGUCAGCUAACUCGGCCUGAAAGCGAGAUGAGUGCCACAACCCCAUAGUCGCCUUUGACGGGACUUAACUGUCCAGGGGUCCUUUACCUUUACCUAUAUUACUUUAUUCUGAUAUGUGCAAUAAAGAGUGACAAAGAGAAGCCUGUUUUAAUAUAAAUCUGUUUGCAUUUUUGAAGCUUCCUGAUCAAAGUAGAUGGAUGCCAUAAGCAUUAUGUGAACUAGUUUGUGCAUCCCCAUUCUUUUCCCUGCCUAUCUACACACAUUGGGCAGUAUUCUACUAACAUGUCCCACCAGAGCAACAAUUUCCACUUGUGCAAUGGAGUGUUCUCCCCCUCUCCUCCCCCUGUGCACAUCAUCCCAUAACUCUCCCUAAAUCUGCUCCUCUACAACAGACUAAAGGGGCAAAGGGGAGAGAGGGAUAACACUCUGUUUCACAAGCACAUUACCUUAGAGCUAGGUUAGAUCCCACCCGUUAAUCCAAAGUAGGCUUUCCGAUAAAGGUAGUGCAAUCUAAAUAGUGAUAUUGUUUUGACAGGUUUCAAAGGAAAAUCUAAGCCCAACCUGUUGAAACAAGAGACAAGUAGCCUUGCCUGUGGGUUACGCAUUCUCUUCCGUAUGUAUAUGGAUGAAAGUCGCAAAGACGCAUGGGAGGAAGUGCAGCGGAGAUUACUAAAGUAAGGACCCAUUCACAGGCUUUCAAAACAUGAAAGUGUACCGUUCAAUUCUGUAGUAUGCAAAUAUGUUGAAUAUUUACUUGAAAUGAAAAUGUGUAGUGUGCAAAAAUAAUCCUGGCUUACAUGAUCCCCGCCCCCCCGGUCCUAUCCUUUCAGUUCCUUUCCAUAAGGAGAUCAUGACUGUUGUAGUUGCGUCAAAACAUUUAAGUCAUUCUGCAUAAUUAGCAGAGGUGUAGUCAUGUUACUUGUUGCAGCAGAAACAACAAACAUUUCAUGUAUCUGAUUAAGUGGGCUGUGUUCUAUGAAAGCUUAUACCAUCAUCAGCUUAUUAGUCUUUAAGGUGCCACAAGACUGCAUUUGUUCUGCAUAAUCACUCUAUAAUAGUAAGAUCUGCAUUACAAGUGCACCUUGCAUUUAUGAUUCUGUCAUUUCAACAUGAUGCCAUUCUUGUAUAAACUAUACAGUUUAUCUGUGAGAAUGAAUUUCCUGUUGUCAUUCAGCUGGUUUGUUUGGCAGUUCUAUAAACAUUGAUCUCUCCCACUACUCAGCCUUAUCUACACAUUUUUCCUUUUCUUUGAUCAGUGUCACUGCCCAUUUUGAGAUAGGACUACACUCAGUUUAUGUGAUCAGUGAAUCAUUUAUUUAUAGCUAUUCCAUAGAAGCCUGUUUCAGCAAGCCAACACAGGCAUGUAGAAGUUACAUGUUUUAUUUACUAUUAUUGAUUUUAAUUCUCUUUUGAAUAUUUAUAAAUACAUGUUCAACUGUUUUUGUUGAUAAUGUAUUCUUUUAUAUUUUUGCGAACCGCUUAAAGGUUUUCUUACUUUUCUGACAACUGUAGACAAAACUCCUUCUGUAGCUAAUUGUUCUCACACCUGGAACUGUCUGUUGUGCUUUGCAGUGUCUGCAGUGAAGCUCUCAGUUACUUCCUUACUUUAACAUCAGAAAGUCAUCGGGAAGCUUGGACUAGCCUGUUACUUUUAUUCUUAACAAAGGUCCUAAAAAUAAGUGAUGAUCGGGUAAGUAAUAAUCUCAGAUAGGUUGAAUAUUGAUAUGCUGAAUAUUGAUUCCAGGCCUCAGUGGGACACUUUUGAAGACUGCAGAGUUUGAAAAUAGAAGGGGGACUCUCCCCUGCCUGAUUACUGAUUAAUAAAGUUAUCCAGGAUUUAGUGUAUGUUGGGUCCCUGCAUCAAGUAGUUUGUGGCAGGCUUGGACUCUGGGCUUUAGCAUGCCCUUGAUGCUGCCUUUCCAACAUAAAUUGGUUCCUUCCUGCUGCCUCAUGGAUGAUAAUUUUGCUGGAGGCCAUGGGUAUAGCAGAGAGGGACCCACCUCCUGUCCCAAAUUCCUCAGCUUACAGACAUACCACCACAUAGGCACAGUUCAUUCAAGAUACUAAUGGAAAACAUCUAAGCACCCCAGAUUAUUCAGGAGCCCCAAAUUCAAGAGACCCCAUGAGAAAUGUCCUACCCAAUAUGCUGUGCACACCAUAUAUAAAAUGUAGUGUCCAAGACCUAUAUGUAUUCUGAGGCCUUUGGGACAUUCUAAUCAGGGCUACUCCACUGAAAAAAUUCCAACUAAUGUUGUGGGAGAGAGGGAAAUGCAUAAUGAUUAAUGGAGAUACGUCAUGAUUGAGCCACACUCUGCCCUUUUCCUGACUGUUUUUGGAGCAGACUCUGAACCAAAUCUGAUAAAUGAAUGUAGCACUCCGCUGCUGGAAUCCCAGUUUUUGUUAACAACUCCAGUGAAAAAUAGUAAAACAAUUAUUAGUCAUAGAAAAGCACAUAGCAUCUGUUGCUGUAUUGUCAAUGAUCUGGCUCUGUCUGCUCCAACAAAAAAGAAAAGGCAAGGUUAUGGUGGGGAUCAUGUGUCCUUAUGUGCAUAGGAUGGUGUACAUUUUUUUUAAUUUGAAGGGUGUUAACUUCUCCCAGUACUCUAGAAUUAUUGUGUAUUUGUCUUAGGAUGGUUUUCUCCCUUCACCUUUCAUCGCAUUUUGAGAAUCAUGGUAAAGAAAGUUGUUGUUGGUUUUUUUAAAAAAAAAAAUCUUGAGGAAAGGAACACCAAAAGUGUUCCUCUGUGAAAGAUUUAUAGAAUUGUUUUGGAUUUUUUCAUUAUUAUUUUUCCUUGAGCUAGGAUAAGCCGCUUAAAUCAAAAGUAGCUAGAAACACCUCAUUUCAGUUCUGCUGUUGCCUCCUCCUUCACUUUGGAAAGCCACUGCAGAUUCUUUGUAUUUCACUAAUUCUUGCUAUAAUUAUUGAUGUAACGUCUCUAUGUAGUUGGGUUGUCAACUCAUUCCCCCAAAACUAACAGGAUUCCUUUUUCCCCCAUUCAACAGUUCAGAGCUCACGCAUCAUUCUACUAUCCUCUCUUGUGUGAAAUAAUGCAGUUUGAUCUGAUUCCUGAGCUGCGAGCUGUUUUGCGAAGGUUUUUUCUGCGGAUAGGGGUAGUUUUUCAAAUAUCCCAGCCACCAGACCAAGGAAUGGGAACAGCCAAGCAGUAGAAGUGUGGCUAAGGAAACAAAGGACCAAGAUCACUUGCACUGAAUGUCCAUACAAAGGGGCUCUCUUGAUAUGGAAGUGUGCAUCUACGGGUUCACAAUACAGAUUAAAACUGUAAUUUAGGCUUGCAACACUCUAGUUCUCCAGUGGGUUCUCUCUCCCUCUCUCCCUCCACUGGCUUGUGUUGACCAUAGAGCCAGUUUCACCACAGUCUUGUUGUCAGCCUGGACUGUGAUAGCCUCUUAACUUUCCUAGACAGAGAUAUAUAUCAAAAGAUGUUUAUGAUGGGUGUGAAUUUAAGAUGUACCCAAAGAACUAACACAUUUAAGAAGUUUGAACGUUGACAGAAGUACAACUCAGGAGGGCUGCAUUUUGAAAAAAGAAAAGUUUGUAGUAAAAGAUAUGAAAAUACUGCUCAUGUAAGAGAUCUAGCAACUAUGUGGAAUUCUUAUUCUGGAGAUUUUUUUUUUGCACACUCAGGCUAUCUGAGAUAUAGGUAAUCAUCCUUCUGUGGAAAAAAAAUGUACAGAGAUGCAGGUCUGUAAUAUAAAGUCCUAAACACUAUAUAGUUAUUCCUGCAUUCUUUUAUUUCUUAGAGACCUGUACGUUUGUUUACCAAAUGCACUAGUAAGGGGUUGAGUUCUGAUUUUUUCCAUCUGUAUCCCAAAAGCUAGCCUUGCUGCCUUUUGUCAAGAAAACAGAUUGAAAAUGUUACAACUGACUUUAACUGUUUGUAAUAUACCUGUGAUAGGGCUUUUAAAUAUAAUAAGCCAUCGCAAUGAUCCUUCAGGACUGGAACUUGAAUCACUGCAAACAAGUCUAGGUUUUGUCCGCUGUCACUUUUUUUCCUUUUUUUUUGGUUGUUUGAUGUAGAUUUCACUAUGUACAGAAUUUAAUGUUGAAUAUAUUCAAGUAACAAAUCUGGCAUGGUUUGAGGAUGGUUUUAAAUUUAUUGGAAAUGUAUUCAUACUGUGAAUUGUGCUCUGAUGGUUAAAGAAAAGAUUGUCAAGCAUUCUGUCUUACAGUGGAUGUAGAAAAAAUUUUCAGAUGGAAAAAUGUAUAUGGUACAGCUCUGUAAAGUUUUCUAUGUAAAUUCUGUACAACUUUCUGUACAAUAUUGGUUCUCAUCUGGCAUAUUCUAAUCAGGUUAUAGGUCAAUAAAGUUUUUGAAUUCUUUCACUGGUGCAAUCAAAACAAA